UGUAUCGUUAUAGGGCCCCAGAGCACACCGAAGGAGAUCAAAGCGCUGCCCUACGGGCGUCAGCUCCUGUUACCCCACGCGCUCAGCUCCUGCCCUUUAAUUGAUUAAGUCAUUCUCAAGCCCACACCCCACCCUAGAUCGCAUAUUGCACCGCAAAGUGCUCUCUUGCCUCCACCUUUCAAAACACUACAUAAACAGCACUCAAUCUCCAGGUUCUGGACAAUACAGUCCCCACAAUCAACAAGCUCAACAGCUGUUACCACAUUUCUCUCUGUCCCAAAUGGCACCCUAUUCCCUAUAUAGUGCACUACUUUUUACCAGUGAUGUAAGGGUGCCAAUCCUGGACGCAUCCACUAUUUCAUAUUGCUAGUGUAUCCCAGAGCUGGAACAGCAGGCAAGGCUGUUCCCUGUUCCCACCUCGUUAUUAACUAACCCUCUGCUGACAAAGGCCACUGGACGAAAGCCUAUUCUUGAAAGGUAAUGAAUACUUGUCUAGAGUUCAUUAUUUAGAGCAACACAGCAAAGGAGAGAGGCUGACGCACAGAGAGAGGAAAUCACCUGGGGUUAGCUGGUGAAAAUAUAUUUGGCCUCCCCAGGGGUGAAACGGAGAGAUGGGGUUUGGGCAAAAAUAGUGUGGGGGGAAAGUAACCAAUAUCCCCUGUUAGGCUUCAAUUACUUGCAAUUUGCAUUCCUUGCAAGGUAGAGAGAUGGUUAGGGCCAUGGUCAACUAACCACGGAGCCUUGCAGACUUAUUGGCUCAGUCGUCUCUGUAGGAACCUGCUGGCAUAAACAAACAUGAAUCGGUGUGUGUGUACGCGUGUAUACUUGCAUGCAGUGUUUUCCCUAAGCGUCAGCCAAAUAGCCAGUUACAGACUCAUUUUCUGCACGAUUUCUUCCAAAUUCAUGCUAUCUUUAAAAAUAUUGGUGUGCCUGACUAGCACAGCCUGAGUGCCAUAGAUAAAAACGGAGCACAAAAAUGCUAACCUCUGUUAUUGAAAUGGUGAGAGGUUAGCAUGUUUUGGGGGUAUGAUAUUUGUGCGUGUGUAAUUUUCUCACUCAUCAUUAUUCAAGAUUCAUUCAGGACUCUCCGUAAUCAUGGUAACAUCCACAUUAAUGUAGAAGUGUAUAGAAACAUUUUAUAUUCUUAUUUUCAAUAAAAGUGACUCCAAAAUUACACAAUACAUUAUUUACCAUUCAUUUCUAUUGGGCACAAAAUAAUCUGAAACACAACCAAAACAAACAGCAAAUGCAUCCAACAAGUCCAACCUGGAAUGCAUUUCAAUUAACAGGUGUGCCUUCUUAAAAGUUAAUUUGUGGAAUUUCUUUCCUUCUUAAUGCGUUUGAGCCAAUCAGUUGUGUUGUGACAAGGUAGGGGGGUAUACAGAAGAUAGUCCUAUUUGGUAAAAGACCAAGUCCAUAUUAUGGCAAGAACAGCUCAAAUAAGCAAAGAGAAACGACAGUCCAUCAUUACUUUAAGACAUGAAGGUCAGUCAAUUCAGAAAAUGACAAGAACUUUGAACGUUUCUUCAAGUGCAGUCGCAAAAACCAUCAAGCGCUAUGAUGAAACUGGCUCUCAUGAGGACCACCACAGGAAUGGAAGACCCAGAGUUACCUAUGCUGCAGAGGAUAAGUUCAUUAGAGUUACCAGCCUCAGAAAUUGCAGCCCAAAUAAAUGCUUCACAGAGUUCAAGUAACAGACACAUCUCAACAUCAACUGUUCAGAGGAGACUGUGUGAAACAGGCAUUCAUGGUGGAAUUGCUGCAAAGAAACCACUACUAAAGGACACCAAUAAUAAGAAGAGACUUGCUUGGGCCAAGAAACACAAGCAAUGGACAUUAGACCGGUGUAAAUCUGUCCUUUGGUCUGGAGUCCAAAUUUGAGAUUUUUGGUUCCAACCGCCGUGUCUUUGUGAGACGCGGUGUGGGUGAACGGAUGAUCUCCACAUGUGUAUUUCCCACCAUAAAGCAUGGAGGAGGAGGUGUUAUGGUGUGGGGGUGAUUUGCUGGUGACACUGUCAGUGAUUUUAUUUAACCAGCAUGGCUGCCACAGCAUUCCGCAGCGAUACGCCAUCCCAUCUGUUUUUGGCUUAGUGGGACUAUCAUUUGUUUUUCAACAGGACAAUGACCCAACACACCUCCAGGCGGUGUAAGGUCUAUUUUACCAAGAAGGAGAGUGAUGUAUCAGAUGACCUGACCUCCACAAUCCCCCGACCUCAAGCCAAAUUGAGAUGGUUUGGGAUGAGUCGGACGGCAGAGUGAAGGAAAAGCAGCCAACAAGUGCUCGGCAUUAGUGGGAACUCCUUCAAGACUGUUGUUAAAGCUGGUUGAGAGAAUGCCAAGAGUGUACAAAGCUGUCAUCAAGGCAAAGGGUGGCUAUUUGAAGAAACUCAAAUAUAAAAUAUAUUUUGAUUUGUUUAACACUAUUUUGGUUACUACAUGAUUCCAUGUGUUAUUUCAAAGUUUUGAUGUGGUCACUAUUAUGCUACAAUGUAGAAAAUAGUAAAAAUAAAGAAAAACCCUUGUAUGAGUAGGUGUUCUAAAACUUUUGACCAGUAGUGUAAGUGAAUUUGUCCCAAUGCUUUUGGCCCCCUAAAAUGGGAGGACCAUGUACAGAAAGUGCUGUAAUUUCUAAACGGUUCACCCGAUAUGGAUGAAAAUACCCUCAAAUUAAAGCUGACAGUCUGCACUUUAACAUCAUAGUCAUUGUAUCUAAAGUGCUAGGGUACAGAGCCAAAAAAGGUAAUAAAUAUUGGUCACUGUCCCAAUACUUUGGAGCUCAUCCUAGAGGAAAACCUGCUUCAGUCUGCUUUACACCAGACACCGGGAGAGGAAUUUACCUUUCAGCAGGAAGAUCGCCUGCAACACAAGGCCAAAUCUACACUAGUUGGUUACCAAGAAGACAGUUAAUGUUCCAGAGUGGCCAAGUUAGAGUUUUGACCCACAUCAGCUUGAAAAUCUAUGGCAAGACUUGAAAAUUGCUGUCUAGCAAUGAUCCCUAAGACCUUGACAGAGCUUGAAUAAUUUUGAAAAGAGUAGACAAAUAUCACACAAUCCAGGUGUGCAAAGCUGUUAGAGACUUACUCACAGCUGUAAUCACUGCCAAAGGUGAUUGUAACAUGUAUUGACUCAAGGUUGUGAAUACUUAUGUAAAUUAGAUAUUCCUGUAUUUAAUUUUCAAUAUAUGUGCGAACAUUUCUAAAAUCAUGUUUUCACUUUGUCAUUAUAAAGUAUUGUGUGUAGAUGGAUGUGAAAAAAAAUCAAUUUAAACAAUUUUGAAUUCAGGCUGUAACACAACACAAAAUGGAAUAAAUCAAGGGGUAUAAGUACUUUCUGAAGGCAUUGUUUUUUUCAAAAUUGCUCAAGCUCAGUAAAUGCCGUUGGGAAUCAUUGAUGGGUAGCAAUUUUCAAACCUUUUAAGUCAGGACAGGGACUGGACCACACAGGAACACUCAACACCUUGGUGUGUCUUUGGCAUUAACGUUUGUGUAAUUGUCCCGCUGAAAAAUAAAACUCUACGUAUGAUAUAAAUGGCAGUGUGUCACUUUGGUGGUGCUAUCUUCCACACCUAACAAAAGAGUCCCAAGUUUAGCUCUGAUUGAGAUAAAAAAACAGUCAGCUAAUAAUAUAUAAUAAAAUAAUAACUUAUCAAUAGAAUUGUUUUCUUGGUGAAGGGAAUCUAAGCUAGGGUUGCAAAUCCCAGAAGUUCCCAGAUUUCCCAGAAAGUGACUUUCCCAGAAUUUGGGGAAAGUGGACGAAAUGUUGCAACACUAAUCUAAUCUUAUUUAUUUUUGUAUUAUUUGAAUUUCAGUUCACUUCCUGUAUUGACUGGUCAUGAAAUGAAUUGACAUCAAAUCAAAUUGUAUUUAUUACAUGCGCCCAAUACAACAGGUGUAGACCUUACAGUGAAAUGCUUACUUACAAGCUCUUUCCCAACGAUGCAGUUAGAUAAGAAAAAAACACAUGAGAAAUAAAACCAUAUACAAGGAGUACCAUAUCAAUGUGCAGGGUUAUGUGGUAGAUAUGCACAUGUUUAUUUAAUCCUUAUUUCACCAGGUAAGUUCACUGAAAACAUAUUCACAGCAACAACCUGGGGAAUAGUUACAGGGGAGAUGAAUGAGCCAAUUGGAUGCUGGGGAUGAUUAGGUGGCCAGAUCAGGAAUUUAGCCAGGACUCCAGGGUUAACACCCCUACUCUUAAGAUCCGUGCCAUGGGAUCUUUAGUGACCACAGAGAGUCAGGACGUCCCAUCCGAAAGACGGCAUCCUACACAGCGCAAUGUCCCAAUAUUUUUUUUUAUUUGACCAGAGGAAAGUGUGCCGUCGUACUGGACUCCAACACCACUUCCAGCAGCAUUUGGUCUCCCAUUCAGGGACCAACCCUGCUUAGCUUCAGAGCUAAGCCAGCAGUGGGAUGCAGGGUGGUAUGCUGCUGGCUGCAGGGUCAUAUGUUGCUGGCAUACCUACAUGUAGGCAGGGGUAAAGUGUCUAGGCAUCAGGAUAGGUAAUAAGAGUACAAAGUAGCAGCAUCGUAUAUGGUGGGUGUAUGUAUGUGUCAAAUCAAAUUGUAUUGGUCACAUACACGUGUUUAGUAGAUGUUAUUGCGGGUAUAGUGAAAUGCUUGUCCUUCUAGCUCCGACAGUGCAGUAAUAUCUAACAAUUUCACUACAUAUACCCAAUACACACAAAUCUGAGUAAGGAAUGAAUUAAGAAUAUAUACAUACAGUGGGGAGAACACGUAUUUGAUACACUGCCGAUUUUGCAGGUUUUCCUACUUACAAAGCAUGUAGAGGUCUGUAAUUUUUUAUCAUAGGUACACUUCAACUGUGAGAGACGGAACCUAAAACAAAAAUCCAGAAAAUCACAUUGUAUGAUUUUUAAGUAAUUAAUUUGGAUUUUAUUGCAUGACAUAAGUAUUUGAUCACCUACCAACCAGUAAGAAUUCCGGCUCUCACAGACCUGUUAGUUUUUCUUCAAGAAGCCCUCCUGUUCUCCACUCAUUACCUGUAUUAACUGCACCUGUUUGAACUCGUUACCUGUAUAAAAAACACCUGUCCACACACUCAAUCAAACAGACUCCAACCUCUCCACAAUGGCCAAGACCAGAGAGCUGUGUAAGGACAUCAGGGAUAAAAUUGUAGACCUGCACAAGGCUGGGAUGGGCUACAGGACAAUAGGCAAGCAGCUUGGUGAGAAGGCAACAACUGUUGGCACAAUUAUUAGAAAAUUGAAGAAGUUCAAGAUGACGGUCAAUCACCCUCAGUCUGGGGCUCCAUGCAAGAUCUCACCUCGUGGGGCAUCAAUGAUCAUGAGGAAGGUGAGGGAUCAGCCCAGAACUACACGGCAGGACCUGGUCAAUGACCUGAAGAGAGCUGGGACCACAGUCUCAAAGAAAACCAUUAGUAACACACUACGCCGUCAUGGAUUAAAAUCCUGCAGCGCACGCAAGGUCCAAAUGCUCAAGCCAGCGCAUGUCCAGGCCCGUCUGAAGUUUGCCAAUGACCAUCUGGAUGAUCCAGAAGAGGAAUUGGAGAAGGUCAUGUGGUCUGAUGAGACAAAAAUAGAGCUUUUUGGUCUAAACUCCACUCGCCGUGUUUGGAGGAAGAAGAAGGAUGAGUACAACCCCAAGAACACCAUCCCAACCGUGAAGCAUGGAGGUGGAAACAUAAUUCUUUGGGGUUGCUUUUCUGCAAAGGGGACAGGACGACUGCACCGUAUUGAGGGGAGGAUGGAUGGGGCCAUGUAUCGCGAGAUCUUGGCCAACAACCUCCUUCCCUCAGUAAGAGCAUUGAAGAUGGGUCGUGGCUGGGUCUUCCAGCAUGACAACGACCCGAAACACACAGCCAGGGCAACUAAGGAGUGGCUCCGUAAGAAGCAUCUCAAGGUCCUGGAGUGGCCUAGCCAGUCUCCAGACCUGAACCCAAUAGAAAAUCUUUGGAGGGAGCUGAAAGUCCGUAUUGCCCAGCGACAGCCCCGAAACCUGAAGGAGUGGGCCAAAAUCCCUGCUGCAGUGUGUGCAAACCUGGUCAAGACCUACAGGAAUCUCUGUAAUUGCAAACACAGGUUUCUGUACUAAAUAUUAAGUUCUGCUUUUCUGAUGUAUCAAAUACUUAUGUCAUGCAAUAAAAUGCAAAUGAAUUACUUAAAAAUCAUACAAUGUGAUUUUCUGGAUUUUUGUUUUAGAUUCCGUCUCUCACAGUUGAAGUGUACCUAUGAUAAAAAUUAGAGACCUUUACAUGCUUUGUAAGUAGGAAAACCUGCAAAAUCGUCAGUGUAUCAAAUACUUGUUCUCCCCACUGUAUAUGGAUGAGCGAUGUCAGAGCGGCAUGGACUAAGAUAUAGUAGACUAGUAUAGAAUACAGUAUAUACAUAUGCAAUGAAUAUUGCAAGAUAUGUAAAUAUUAUUAAAGUGACUAAGAUUCAAUUUCUUAAAGUGGCCAGUGAUUUCUAGUCAAUGUCUAUAGACCGCAGCCUCUAAUGUGCUAGUGAUGGCUGUUUAACAGUCUGAGAUAGAAGCUGUUUUUCAGUCUCUCGGUUGCAGCUUUGAUGCACCUGUACUGACCUCGCCUUUUGGAUGAUAGCGGGGUGAACAGGCUUUGGCUCAGGUGGUUGAUGUUCUUGAUGAUCUUUUUGGCCUUCCUGUGACAUCGGGGGCUGUAGGUGUCCUGGAGGGCGGGUAGUUUGCCCCCGGUAAUGCGUUGGGCAGACCGCACCACCCUCUGGAGAGCCUUGCGGUUACGGGCGGUGCAGUUGCCGUACCAGGCGGUGAUACAGCCUGACAGGAUGCUCUCAAUUGUGCAUCUGUAAAAGUUUGUGAGGGUUAUAGGUGCCAAGCCAAAUUUAUUUAGCCUCCUGAGGUUGAAGAGGCUCUGUUGCACCUUCUUCACCACACUGUCUGUGUGGGUGGUCCAUUUCAGUUUGUCAGUGAUGUGUACGCCAAGGAACUUGAAGCUUUCCACCUUCUCCACUUGCGACUUGUGACGGCCGGCCGCCCAACAAAAUGCCCACUUGACCCUAUCCCCUCCUCUCUUCUCCAGACCAUUUCCGGAGACCUUCUCCCUUACCUCACCUCGCUCAUCAUCUCAUCCCUUCCGUCUUCAAGAGAGCGAGAGUUGCACCCCUUCUCAAAAAACCUACACUCGAUCCCUCCGAUGUCAACAACUACAGACCAGUAUCCCUUGUUUCUUUUCUCACCAAAACUCUUGAGCGUGCCGUCUUUAGCCAACUCUCUUGCUAUCUCUCUCAGAAUGACCUUCUUGAUCCAAACCAGUCAGGUUUCAAGACUGGUCAUUCAACUGAGACUGCUCUUGUCUGUGUCACGGAGGCUCUCCGCACUGCUAAAGCUAACUCUCUCUCCUCUGCUCUCGUCCUUCUAGACCUAUCUGCUGCCUUUGAUACUGUGAACCAUCAGAUCCUCCUCUCCACCCUCUCCGAGUUGGGCAUCUCCGGCGAACUCACUCUUGGAUUGCGUCCUACCUGACAGGUCGCUCCUACCAAGUGGCGUGGCGAGAAUCUGUCUCCGCACCACGUGCUCUCACCACUGGUGUCCCCCAGGGCUCAGUUCUAGGCCCUCUCCUAUUCUCGCUAUACACCAAGUCACUUGGCUCUGUCAUAUCCUCACAUGGCCUCUCCUAUCAUUGCUACGCAGACGACACACAAUUAAUCUUCUCCUUUCCCCCUUCUGAUAACCAGGUGGCAAAUCGCAUCUCUGCAUGUCUGGCAGACAUACAGUGGGGAAAAAAAGUUUUUAGUCAGCCACCAAUUGUGCAAGUUCUCCCACUUAAAAAGAUGAGAGAGGCCUGCAAUUUUCAUCAUAGGUACACGUCAACUAUGACAGACAAAUUGAGAGAAAAAAAUCCAGAAAAUCACAUUGUAGGAUUUUUUAUGAAUUUAUUUGCAAAUUAUGGUGGAAAAUAAGUAUUUGGUCACCUACAAACAAGAAAGAUUUCUGGCUCUCACAUACCUGUAACUUCUUCUUUAAGAGGCUCCUCUGUCCUCCACUCGUUACCUGUAUUAAUGGCACCUGUUUGAACUUGUUAUCAGUAUAAAAGACACCUGUCCACAACCUCAAACAGUCACACUCCAAACUCCACUAUGGCCAAGACCAAAGAGCUGUCAAAGGACACCAGAAACAAAAUUGUAGACCUGCACCAGGCUGGGAAGACUGAAUCUGCAAUAGGUAAGCAGCUUGUUUGAAGAAAUCAACUGUGGGAGCAAUUAUUAGGAAAUGGAAGACAUACAAGACCACUGAUAAUCUCCCUCGAUCUGGGGCUCCACGCAAGAUCUCACCCCGUGGGGUCAAAAUGAUCACAAGAACGGUGAGCAAAAAUCCCAGAACCACACGGGGGGAUCUAGUGAAUGACCUGCAGGGAGCUGGGACCAAAGUAACAAAGGCUACCAUCAGUAACACACUACGCCACCAGGGACUCAAAUCCUGCAGUGCAAGACGUGCCCCCCUGCUUAAGCCAGUAAAUGUCCAGGCCCUUCUGAAGUUUGCUAGAGUGCAUUUGGAUGAUCCAGAAGAGGAUUGGGAGAAUGUCAUAUGGUCAGAUGAAACCAAAAUAUAACUUUUUGGUAAAAAUUCAACUCGUCGUGUUUGGAGGACAAAGAAUGCUGAGUUGCAUCCAAAGAACACCAUACCUACUGUGAAGCAUGGGGGUGGAAACAUCAUGCUUUGGGGCUGUUUUUCUGCAAAGGGACCAGGACGACUGAUCGGUGUAAAGGAAAGAAUGAAUGGGGCCAUGUAUCGUGAGAUUUUGAGUGAAAACCUCCUUCCAUCAGCAAGGGCAUUGAAGAUGAAACGUGGCUGGGUCUUUCAGCAUGACAAUGGUCCCAAACACACCACCCGGGCAACGAAGGAGUGGCUUCGUAAUAAGCAUUUCAAGGUCCUGGAGUGGCCUAGCCAGUCUCCAGAUCUCAAUCCCAUAGAAAAUCUUUGGAGGGAGUUGAAAGUCCGUGUUGCCCAGCGACAGCCCCAAAACAUCACUGCUCUAGAGGAGAUCUGCAUGGAGGAAUGGGCCAAAAUACCAGCAACAGUGUGUGAAAACCUUGUGAAGACUUACAGAAAACGUUUGACCUGUGUCAUUGCCAACAAAGGGUAUAUAACAAAGUAUUGAGAAACUUUUGUUAUUGACCAAAUACUUAUUUUCCACCAUAAUUUGCAAAUAAAUUCAUUAAAAAUCCUACAAUGUGAUUUUCUGGAUUUUUUUUCCUCAUUUUGUCUGUCAUAGUUGACGUGUACCUAUGAUGAAAAUUACAGGCCUCUCUCAUCUUUUUAAGUGGGAGAACUUGCACAAUUGGUGGCUGACUACAAGUAUUUGAUACACUGCCGAUUUUGCAGGUUUUCCUACUUACAAAGCAUGUAGAGGUCUGUAAUUUUUAUCAUAGGUACACUUCAACUGUGAGAGACGGAAUCUAAAACAAAAAUCCAGAAAAUCACAUUGUAUAAUUUUUAAGUAAUUAAUUUGCAUUUUAUUGCAUGACAUAAGUAUUUGAUACAUCAGAAAAGCAGAACUUAAUAUUUGGUACAGAAACCUUUGUUUGCAAUUACAGAGAUCAUACGUUUCCUGUAGGUCUUGACCAGGUUUGCACACACUGCAGCAGGGAUUUUGGCCCACUCCUCCAUACAGACCUUCUCCAGAUCCUUCAGGUUUCGGGGCUGUCGCUGGGCAAUACGGACUUUCAGCUCCCUCCAAAGAUUUUCUAUUGGGUUCAGGUCUGGAGACUGGCUAGGCCACUCCAGGACCUUGAGAUGCUUCUUACGGAGCCACUCCUUAGUUGCCCUGGCUGUGUGUUUCGGGUCGUUGUCAUGCUGGAAGACCCAGCCACGACCCAUCUUCAAUGCUCUUACUGAGGGAAGGAGGUUGUUGGCCAAGAUCUCGCGAUACAUGGCCCCAUCCAUCCUCCCCUCAAUACGGUGCAGUCGUCCUGUCCCCUUUGCAGAAAAGCAACCCCAAAGAAUUAUGUUUCCACCUCCAUGCUUCACGGUUGGGAUGGUGUUCUUGGGGUUGUACUCAUCCUUCUUCUUCCUCCAAACACGGCGAGUGGAGUUUAGACCAAAAAGCUCUAUUUUUGUCUCAUCAGACCACAUGACCUUCUCCCAUUCCUCUUCUGGAUCAUCCAGAUGGUCAUUGGCAAACUUCAGAUGGGCCUGGACAUGCGCUGGCUUGAGCAUUUGGACCUUGCGUGCGCUGCAGGAUUUUAAUCCAUGACGGCGUAGUGUGUUACUAAUGGUUUUCUUUGAGACUGUGGUCCCAGCUCUCUUCAGGUCAUUGACCAGGUCCUGCCGUGUAGUUCUGGGCUGAUCCCUCACCUUCCUCAUGAUCAUUGAUGCCCCACGAGGUGAGAUCUUGCAUGGAGCCCCAGACCGAGGGUGAUUGACCGUCAUCUUGAACUUCUUCAAUUUUCUAAUAAUUGUGCCAACAGUUGUUGCCUUCUCACCAAGCUGCUUGCCUAUUGUCCUGUAGCCCAUCCCAGCCUUGUGCAGGUCUGCAAUUUUAUCCCUGAUGUCCUUACACAGCUCUCUGGUGUUGGCCAUUGUGGAGAGGUUGGAGUCUGUUUGAUUGAGUGUGUUGACAGGUGUCUUUUAUACAGGUAACGAGUUCAAACAGGUGCAGUUAAUACAGGUAAUAAGUGGAGAACAGGAGGGCUUCUUAAAGAAAAACUAACAGGUCUGUGAGAGCCGGAAUUCUUACUGGUUGGUAGGUGAUCAAAUACUUAUGUCAUGCAAUAAAAUGCAAAUUAAUUACUUAGAAAUCAUACAAUGUGAUUUUCUGGAUUUUUGUUUUAGAUUCCGUCUCUCACAGUUGAAGUGUACCUAUGAUAAAAAUUACAGACCUCUACAUGCUUUGUAAGUAGGAAAACCUGCAAAAUCGGCAGUGUAUCAAAUACUUGUUCUCCCCACUGUAUCAGUGUGGAUGACGGAUCACCACCUCAAGCUGAACCUCAGCAAGACGGAGCUGCUCUCCCCCCCGGGGAAGGACUGCCCGUUCCAUGAUCUCGCCAUCACGGUUGACAACUCCGUUGUGUCCUCCUCCCAGAGUGCAAAGAGCCUUGGCGUGACCCUUCACAACACCCUGUCGUUCUCCGCUAACAUCAAGGCGGUGACCCGAUCCUGAAGGUUCAUGUUCUACAACAUUCGCAGAGUACGACCCUGCCUUACACAGGAAGCGGCACAGGUCCUAAUCCAGGCACUUGUCAUCUCCCGUCUGGAUUACUGCAACUCGCUGUUGGCUGGGCUCCCUGCCUGUGCCAUUAAACCCCUACAACUUAUCCAGAACGCCGCAGCCCGUCUGGUGUUCAACCUUCCCAAGUUCUCUCACGUCACCCCGCUCCUCCGCACACUCCACUGGCUUCCAGUUGAAGCUCGCAUCUGCUACAAGACCAUGGUGCUUGCCUACGGAGCUGUGAGGGGAACGGCACCUCCGUACCUUCAGGCUCUGAUCAGUCCCUACACCCAAACGAGGGCACUACGUUCAUCCACCUCUGGCCUGCUGGCUCCCCUACCUCUGCGGAAGCACAGUUCCCGCUCAGCCCAGUCAAAACUGUUCGCUGCUCUGGCACGCCAAUGGUGGAACAAGCUCCCUCACGACGCCAGGACAGCGGAGUCACUCACCACCUUCCGGAGACACUUGAAAUCCCACCUCUUUAAGGAAUACCUGGGAUAGGAUGAAGUAAUCCUUUUUUUUUUAUAAUAAAAAACAUAGUAAAGUGGUUGUCCCACUGGCUAUCAGAAGGUGAAUGCACCAAUUUGUAAGUCGCUCUGGAUAAGAGCGUCUGCUAAAUGACGAAAAUGUAAAUGUGGAUGGGGGGUGCACCCUCUGCUGUUUCCUGAAGUCCACGAUCAUCUCCUUUGAUUUGUUGACGUUGAGUGAGAGGUUAUUUUCCUGGCACCACACUCCCAGAGCACUCACCUCCUCCCUGUAGACUGUCUCGUCAUUGUUGGUAAUCAAGCCUACUACUGUAAGUAUCAUCUGCAAACUUGAUAAUUGAGUUGGAGGCGUGCUUGGCCACUCAGUCAUGGGGGAACAGGGAGUAGCGAAGUGGAGGUGUUGUUUCUUACCUUCACCACCUGGGGGCAGCCCGUCAGGAAGUCCAGGACCCAGUUGCACAGGGCGGGGUUCAGACCCAGGGCCUCGAGCUUAAUGAUGAGCUUGGAGGGUACUAUGGUGUUGAAUGCUGAGCUAUAGUCAAUGAACAGCAUUCUUAAAUAGGUAUUCCUCUUGUCCAGAUGGGAUAGGGCAGUGUGCAGAGUGAUGGCGAUUGCAUCAUCUGUGGAUCUAUUGGGGCGGUAAGCAAAUUGAAGUGGGUCUAGGGUGGCAGGUAAGGUACAGUGAGGGAAAAAAGUAUUUGAUCCCCUGCUGAUUUUGUACCUUUGCCCACUUACAAAGAAAUUAUCAGUCUAUAAUUUUAAUGGUAGGUUUUUUUGAACAGUGAGAGACAGAAUAACAACAAAAACAUCCAGAAAAACGCAUGUAAAAAAUGUUAUAAAUUGAUUUGCAUUUUAAUGUGGGAAAUAAGUAUUUGACCGCCUCUCAAUCAAAAAGAUUUCUGGCUCCCAGGUGUCUUUUAUACAGAUAACGAGCUGAGAUUAGGAGCACACUCUUAAAGGGAGUGCUCCUAAUCUCAGCUUGUUACCUGUAUAAAAGACACCUGUCCACAGAAGCUAUCAAUCAAUCAGAUUCCAAACUCUCCACCAUGGCCAAGACCAAAGAGCUCUCCAAGGAUGUCAGGGACAAGAUUGUAGACCUACACAAGGCUGGAAUGAGCUACAAGACCAUCGCCAAGCAGCUUGGUGAGAAGGUGACAACAGUUGGUGCGAUUAUUCGCAAAUGGAAGAAACACAAAAUAACUGUCAAUCUCCCUCGGCCUGGGGCUCCAUGCAAGAUCUCACCUCGUGGAGUUGCAAUGAUCAUGAGAACGGUGAGGAAUCAGCCCAGAACUACACGGCAGGAUCUUGUCAAUGAUCUCAAGGCAGCUGGCACCAUAGUCACCAAGAAAACAAUUGGUAACACACUAUGCCGUGAAGGACUGAAAUCCUGCAGCGCCCGCAAUGUCCCCCUGCUCAAGAAAGCACAUAUACAGGGCCGUCUGAAGUUUGCCAAUGAACAUCUGAAUGAUUCAGAGGAGAACUGGGUGAAAGUGUUGUGGUCAGAUUAGACCAAAAUCGAGCUCUUUGGCAUCAAGGAGGAGGAAUGCUGCCUAUGACCCCAAGAACACCAUCCCCACCGUCAAACAUGGAGGUGGAAACAUUAUGCUUUGGGGGUGUUUUUCUGCUAAGGGGACAGGACAACUUCACCGCAUCAAAGGGACGAUGGACGGGGCCAUGUACCGUCAAAUCUUGGGUGAGAACCUCCUUUCCUCAGCCAGGGCAUUGACAAUGGGUUGUGGAUGGGUAUUCCAGCAUGACAAUGACCCAAAACACAAGGCCAAGGCAACAAAGGAGUGGCUCAAGAAGAAGCACAUUAAGGUCCUGGAGUGGCCUAGCCAGUCUCCAGACCUUAAUCCCAUAGAAAAUCUGUGGAGGGAGCUGAAGGUUCGAGUUGCCAAACGUCAGCCUAAAAACCUUAAUGACUUGGAGAAGUACUGCAAAGAGGAGUGGAACAAAAUCCCUCCUGAGAUGUGUGCAAACCUGGUGGUCAACUACAAGAAAUGUCUGACCACUGUGAUUGCCAACAAGGGUUUUGCCACCAAGUACUAAGUCAUGUUUUGCAGAGGGGUCAAAUACUUAUUUCCCUCAUUAAAAUGCAAAUCAAUUUAUAACAUUUUUUAAAUGCGUUUUUCUGGAUUUUUUGUUUUGUUUUUCUGUCUCUCACUGUUCAAAUAAACCUACCAUUAAAAAUUAUAGACUGAUCAUUUCUUUGUCAGUGGGUAAAUGUACAAAUUCAGCAGGGGAUCAAAUACUUGUUUCCCUCACUGUAGAGGUGAUAUGAUCCUUGACUCGUCUCUCAAAGCACUUCAUGAUGACAGAGGUGAGUGCUACGGGGCGAUAGUCGUUUAGUUCAGUUACCUUUGCUUUCUUGGGUACAGGAACAAUGGUGCCCAUCUUGAAGCAUGUGGGGACAGCAGACUGGGAUAGGGAGAGAUUGAAUAUGCCCGUAAACACACCAGCCAGCUGGUCUGCGCAUGCUCUGAGGACGUGGCAAGGGAUGCCGUCUGGGCCGGCAGCCUUGCGAGGGUUAACACGUUUAAAUGUUUUACACACGUCGGCCACGGAGAAAGAGAGCCCACAGUCCUUGGUAGCGGGUCGCGUCGGUGGCACUGUGUUCUCCUCAAAGCGGGCGAAGGAGGUGUUUAGCUUUUCCGGAAGCAAGACGUUGGUCUCGGCGACGUGGCUGGUUUUCCUUUUGUAGUCCGUGAUUGUCUGUAGACCCUGCCACAUACGUCUCGUGUCUGAGCCGUUGAAUUGCGACUCCACUUUGUCUCUAUACCAACGUUUUGCUUGUUUGAUUGCCUUGCGGAGUGAAUAACUACACUGUUUGUAUUCUGCCAUAUUCCUAGUCAACUUGCCAUGGUUAAAUGCGGUGGUUCGCGCUUUCAGUUUCGAGCGAACGCUGCCAUCUAUCCAUGGUUUCUUGUUAGGGUAGGUUUUAAUAGUCACAGUGGGUACGACAUCUCCUAUACAGUUACCGUAUUAGUCUAAAUUGUUUUCGCAAGCUACCCGGAACAUAUCCCAGUCCGCGUGAUCAAAACAAUCCUGAAGCGUGGAUUCCGAUAGGUCCUUGGAUAGUUCUUAGCACAGGUACUUCCUGUUUGAGUUUCUGCCUAUAGGAAGGAAGAAGCAAAAUAGAGUCGUGGUCAGAUUUGCCGAAAGGAGGGCGGGGUAGGGCCUUGUAAGCAUCCCGGAAGUUCGAAUAACAGUGGUCCAGUGUUUUAGCAGCGCGAGUACUACAGUUGAUAUGUUGAUAGAACUUAAGCAGCCUAGUCCUCAAAUUUGCUUUGUGAAAAUCCCCAGCUACAAUAAAUGCAGCCUCAGGAUAUGUGGCUUCCAGUUUGCAUAAAGUCCAGUGAAGUUCUUUGAGGGCCGUCGUGGUAUCGUCUUUAGGGGGGAUAUAAAUGGCUGUGGCUAUAACGGAGGAAAAUUAUCUUGGGAGAUAAUACGGUCGGCAUUUGAUUGUGAGGUAUUCUAGGUCAGGUGAACAAAAGGACUUGAGUUCUUGUAUGUUACUACAAUUACACCAUGAGUCGUUAAUGAUGAAACACACACCUCCGCUCUUCUGCUUCCCGAAGAGAUAUUUAUUCCUGUCUGCGCGAUGAACUGAGAACCCCUUUGGCUGGACCGAUUUCGACAGAGUAUCCCGAGAGAGCCAUGUUUCCGUGAAACAAAGUAUGUUACAGGCCCUGAAGUCUCUCUGGAAAGAAAUCCUUGCCCUGAGCUCGUCAACUUUGUUAUCCAAAGACUGAACAUUAGCGAGUAAUAUACUCGGAAGCGGUGGGUGGUGUGCGCGCCUCCCAAGUCGAACCAGCAGGCUGCCUCGAGUGCCUCUGGAAUCAGUUAAAUUGCUCUGGGGUGAGCGAACAAAGGAUUUGCUUCGGGGAAGUCAUAUUCCUGGUCAUAAUGCUGGUAGUUCUGGUGAGUUACCGCCGCUCUGAUAUCUAAUAGUUCUUCCUGGCUGUAUGUAAUGACACAAAACAUUUCCUGAGCUAAUAUUGUAAAAGAAACAAAUACAUUAAAAAAAAAAUACCGCAAAGUUUUGUAAGAGCUAGUCGCGAGGACGCCAUCUCCGUCGGCGCCAUCUGAGUCAUCAUGUCAGUAUGUGUAGGUGUGUUAGCAAAGUAUUAAUUGAUGAACACUCUGUGUACUGUAUGGUUGCAUUCACCCCCAAUUCUUACAAGAAAUGUAACAUGCUUGCUAUAGCUGUGCUCUGUUCUCUGGUUCUCUUUCCCCAGCUCAGGUCAGGAUGUCCAGAGAGCCAGUGUAAUCAUCAACCUGCCAAACCUGGUGCGUCAGAAUCCAGCAGAGACCUUCCGACGGGUAGUGCCAAAAGUUCGGGUGGGCCAAUUAAUCUGUUCUAUUCUAAAGCCUAAUAUUCAUAUUAACCACGUUACUGUGGUAAAACCACAUUUUAUGACUGAAUAGAAAAAAUAACUAAUGACAAAUGUCCAUUAAAUUAUAAUUAUUCCUUUUUGGUGUAUGUUGUGACUACAUGUCCACAGUAACAAAUGGCAAAGGUCAAUAAACCUCUUCACCCCUAACCCUUCCCCACUCCUAACCCCUUCUUGCCCUCUGACACAGGAAGUACUACAUGUAGCCGGGGCAGACAUGCAGCUGGCGGCGGCAGGCUCCUUCCUGACCUUGCUCCAGGAUGACAUUGUCCUCAUCCAGACGCACACCCACUCCAUCCUACAGAUCGUUCUACUUAACCUGGACCACCGCGAUGCAGGUCAGCAUGGUUCUUAUAAGCUGUAUAUAACCUGUCAUAAGCAUGACAUAAGCGAUGCCAUGAGCAAUUAUGAUGAUAAUAACUUCUGCAAAGUUACUACAACUAGCUUAACCUGGACCAACGAGACACAGGUCAGCAUGGUUCGUAUAAGCAUAACAUAAGAGAUGUCAUAAGCAGUCGUGAUGAUAAUAACUUAUGACAGGCUACCCAACUGAUUCGACAAGACCAUGGCAGGAAGUUAACUACUUAAAGUUGUCUUCAACGUGUCAUUAGCAUGGCAUUAGUAAGGAAAUAACUUAUGCCAAACCAGACUGAUUAGACAAAAACCAAGGAGGUAAGGUUGGGCGAUGUCGUGAUUAUGUACCCAUAAAACAUUGUGAUAUACAAUGGUAUCGCCCCUAUUGGCCAACACCCCCCAAAAAAGACAAACGUCAACAACAACAAAAAAUCUGCUAUAGCGCGAAGUCGAAUGCUACAACAACGUGCCCUCUAAGCUGCGCACUGCCACACAGAAGAAAUAUCAGCCCGUGCAGAGAAGCACGAGAUUGAACUUCACUCAACUUUCUAGAGUUUUCCCCUUCAGUUAACACUAUUAACGUUUUGCUCUACUGUGGGAAUUGUGAUAGAAUCAAUGCAAUAUUAGCCACUUUUAAUGUAACAUACUGAAACAAAACGAACUAUGCAAGACUUAGUGUGCAAAACUAACUGUGCAAGAGAUUUUCUUGUAGGCAGAGCGGAUUGGAGUAGGAUUCUAUUGCAUUGACAGGCACACUCAGACCUGACCUGUGCGCCAUAACCAAUCAGAGCUGCAGUAGGCCUAUAUGCAAAUAGCCAUUGCCAUAUAUGGAUCUGUGCCAUUCACUUUGAACUGGACUGUGUUUAGGUUAUUGAUAUUGUUUGUUCUCUAUCAUUAUUAGUCCCCUGGCUGCCUUACAUUUUUAGGCUAUUCAAACAACUUUUUGAGAUUUAAUUCAUUGUUUGAUCGGGAGAGAAAAUCCAUGCAUAAAAUGAUGAAAGCAUAGCAUAUAGCCCAAAUUCAUAACCUAUUGAAUGGAGAGAAUAGGGAAUAUAGUCUCAGUUUUUUAAAACCGCAAGACACAAGAUAGUUAAGGAGUGUCCGUUAUUUUAAAAAAGGAAUAGGUUUAGGAAUUAGCUUAAAGGGACAUAUCUAACAUUUUCAACUUCAUUUUCGUCAUCUCCAGCACCACCCCAACAUCAACAUAUGUGAAAAUGGCGCAUUUCAAUGUUUUGUAGUAGAGGAAGAUAAGUAUUUCCAAUGACAUAAUCAACCAAUUAGUAGGCAAUUAGUAGGCAUACCUUUGCAUAAUUGGUUAAAAUCAAACAAUGCACACUGAUGCACUUCCUCUAUCUUUUUUACUACAAAACAUAGAAACGAACAAUUUCCACAUGUUGAUGAUGUUGGGGUGGUGCUGCAGAUGAUGAAUAUGAAGUAGAAUUUAUGUAUUUUAUUUCCCUUUAAGGCCCGUGCAUCAAACAGAGAAAGAGAGAGAAACAAUAUUGUCUGACUGGACAUUUUGCGCUGCUUUGGUGGAAUUCUCCGCUUUGUCUGGCCUACAUUUCUGUCUUGCGUUCUGUAUAUACAAUAUUUAUUGAAAUAGGCUAUAUCAAAUAGGAAUAGACAAAUUACUCAGAAUCUCGUGUGCUGCCCUGCUGUGUGCUGCGAAACUCUGUCUGUCACAUCAUGAUGUCGUCACCAUCGACGAUGGCUGUGAAUCAUCAUCGAUAGCAUCGUAAUAUCGGCCCAACCCUACAAGGCAGUAAGUUUAGUUUAAAGCUGUCUUUAACCUGUCAUAAGCAUGCCUCUUAAGUAAGCAGUUAUGAUGAUAACUUAGUCUACCACAACUGCAAGACCAGGGUAGCAAGCUAAGUUUGCUAUUUAAAGUUGUGUUUAACCUGUCAAAAGCAUGACAUAAGAGAUGUCUUAAGCAGUAAUUAUGAUAAUAGCUUAUGCCAACCUAGCGCAACUGAUUAAACUAGACCAAGGCUAGUAACUUUUCAGCACAUUUUUGCAUUCCAGUUCAACAUUUACCUGCUCUGUCGCAGUCUACCAUUGAAAACCGUUUGAAGAAUGCUAGUGGAAAAGUCAAUCUAUUUGUAUUUGAGCAAUAUGAUUGGCCGUUCAUUCAAGCACCACCACCCUACUGCAUGUCUCAACUUCUCGAGCAGUACAAGAGUUGCCUUCACACAUCACACGCAAGCUGUCCAGAGCAAAAAUAAUAAGCGCUGAGUGAUUUACAAAGAUAAACCUUCAAUAGUGAACAACAUACAGUGCAUUCGGAAAGUAUUCAGACCCCUUGACUUUUUCCACAUUUUGUUACGUUAGAGCCUGUGUGCUAACAGUUUAGUCUGUUAGAAGGUGAACCUUCCCCCCAGUCUGAGGUCCUGAGCACUCUGGAGCAGGUUUUCAUCAAGGAUCUCUCUGUACUUUGCUCCGUUCAUCUUUCCCUCGAUCCUGACUAGUCCCAGUCCCUACCCCUGAAAAACAUCCCCACAGUAUGAUACUGCCACCACCAUGCUUCACCGUAGGGAUGGUUGCAGGUUUCCUCCAGACGUGACGCUUGGCAUCCAGGCCACAGAGUUCAAUCUUAAUUUAAUCAGACCAGAGAAUCUUGUUUCUUAUGGUCUGAGAGUCCUUUAGGUGCCUUUUGGCAAACUCCAAGCGGGCUGUCAUGUGCCUUUUACUGGGGAGUGGCUUCCGUCUGGCCACUCUACUGUAAAGGCCUGAUUGGUGGAGUGCUGCAGAGAUGGUUGUCCUUCUAGAAGGUUCUCCCAUCUCCACAGAGGAAAUAUGGAGCUCUGUCACCAUCGGGUUCUUGGUCACCUCCCUGACCAAAGCCGUUCUCCCCUGAUUGCUCGGUUUGGUCGGGCGGCCAGCUCUAGGAGGAAGAGUCUUGGUGGUUCCAAACUUCUUCCAUUUCAAAAUUAUGGAGGCCACUGUGUUAUUGGGGAUCUUCAAUGCUGCAGAGAAUUUUGGUACCCUUCCCCAGAUCUGUGCCUCGACAUAAUCCUGUCUCUGAGCUCUAUGGACAAUGCCUUCGACCUCAUGGCUUGGUUUUUGCUCUGACAUGCACUGUCAACUGUGGGACCUUAUCUAGACAGGUGUGUGCCUUUCCAAAUCAUGUCCAAUCAAUUGGAUUUACCACAGGUGAACUCCAAUCAAGUUGUAGAAACUUCUCAAAGAUGAUCAAUUUAUUUAUUUAUUUAUUUAUUUAUUUCACCAUUAUUUAACCAGGUAAGCCAGUUGAGAACAAGUUCUCAUUUACAACUGCGACCUGGCCAAGAUAAAGCAAAGCAGUGCGAUAAAAACAACAACACAGAGUUACAUAUGGGGUAAAACAAAACAUAAAGUCAAAAAUACAACAGAAAAUAUAUAUACAGUGUGUGCAAAUGUAGCAAGUUAUGGAGGUAAGGCAAUAAAUAGGCUAUAGUGCAAAAUAAUUACAAUUAGUAUUAACACUGGAAUGAUAGAUGUGCAAGAGAUGAUGUGCAAAUAGAGAUACUGGGGUGCAAAUGAGCAAAAUAAAUAACAAUAUGGGGAUGAGGUAGUUGGGUGGGCUAAUUUCAAAUGGGCUGUGUACAGGUGCAGUGAUCGGUAAGGUGCUCUGACAACUGAUGCUUGAAGUUAGUGAGGGAGAUAAGUCUCCAGCUUCAGAGAUUUUUGCAAUUCGUUCCAGUCAUUGGCAGCAGAGAACUGGAAGGAAUGGCGGCCAAAGGAGGUGUUGGCUUUGGGGAUCACCAGUGAGAUAUACCUGCGCAUACUACGGUUGGGUGUUGCUAUGGUGACCAAUGAGCUAAAAUAAGGCGGGGAUUUGCCUAGCAGUGAUUUAUAGAUGGCCGGGAGCCAGUGGGUUUGGCGACGAAUAUGUAGUGAGGACCAGCCAACAAGAGCGUACAGGUCACAGUGGUGGGUAGUAUAUGGGGCUUUGGUGACAAAACGGAUGGCACUGUGAUAGACUACAUCCAAUUUGCUGAGUAGAGUGUUGGAGGCUAUUUUGUAAAUGACAUCGCCGAAGUCAAGGAUCGGGAGGAUAGUCAGUUUUACGAGGGCAUGUUUGGCAGCAUGAGUGAAUGAGGCUUUGUUGCGAAAUAGGAAGCCGAUUCUAGAUUUAACUUUGGAUUGGAGAUUCUUAAUGUGAGUCUGGAAGGAGAGAUUACAGUCUAACCAGACACCUAGGUAUUUGUAGUUGUCCACAUACUCUAGGUCAGACCCGUCGAGAGUAGUGAUUCUAGUCGGGUGGGUGGGUGCCAGCAGCGUUCGAUUGAAAAGCAUGCAUUUAGUUUUACUAGUGUUUAAGAGCAGUUGGAGGCUACUGAUUGAGUGUUGUAUGGCAUUGAAGCUCGUUUGGAGGUUUGUUAACACAGUGUCCAAUGAAGGGCCAGAUGUAUACAUCUGUAUACUGUAUCAAUGUACAGUUGAAGUCGGAAGUUUACAUACACCUUAGCCAAAUACAUUUAAACUCAGUUUUUCACAAUUCCUGACAUUUAAUCCUAGUAAGAAUUCUCUGUCUUAGGUCAGUUAGGAUCACCACUUUAUUUUAAGAAUGUGAAAUGUCAGAAUAAUAGUAGAGAGAAUGAUUUAUUUCAGCUUUUAUUUCUUUCAUCACAUUCCCAGUGGGUCAGAAGUUUACAUACACUCAAUUAGUAUUUGGUAGCAUUGCCUUUAAAUUGUUUAACUUGGGUCAAACGUUUCGGGUAGCCUUCCACAACCUUUCCACAAUAAGUUGGGUGAAUUUUGGCCCAUUCCUCCUGACAGAGCUGGUGUAACUGAGUCAGGUUUGUAGGCCUCCUUACUCGCACAUGCUUUUUCAGUUCUGCCCACACAUUUUCUAUAGGAUUGAGGUCAGGGCUUUGUGAUGGCCACUCCAAUACCUUGACUUUGUUGUCCUUAUGCCAUUUUGCCACAACUUUGGAAGUAUGCUUGGGGUCAUUGUCCAUUUGGAAGACCCAUUUCCGACCAAGCUUUAACUUCCUGACUGAUGUCUUGAGAUGUUGCUUCAAUAUAUCCACAUCAAUUUCCUUCCUCAUGAUACCAUCUAUUUUGUGAAGUGCACCAGUCCCUCCUUUAGCAAAACACCCCCACAGCAUGAUGCUGCCACCCCUGUGCUUCACGGUUGGGAUGGUGUUCUUUUGCUUGCAAGCAUCCCCCUUUUUCCUCCAAACAUAACGAUGGUCAUUAUGGCCAAACAGUUCUAUUUUUGUUUCAUCAGACCAGAGGAGAUUUCUCCAAAAAGUAUGAUCUUUGUCCCCAUGUGCAGUUGCAAACCGUAAUCUGGCUUUUUUAUGGCGGUUUUGGAGCAGUGGCUUCUUCCUUGCUGAGCGGCCUUUCAGGUUAUGUCGAUAUAGUAAUUGUUUUACUGUGGAUAUAGAUACUUUUGUACCUGUUUCCUCCAGCAUCUUCACAAGGUCCUUUGCUGUUGUUCUGGGAUUGAUUUGCACUUUUUGCACCAAAGUACGUUCAUCUCUAGGAGACAUAACGCGUCUCCUUCCUGAGCAGUAUGAUGGCUGCGUGGUCCCAUGGUGUUUAUACUAUUGUUUGUACAGAUGAACGUGGUACCUUCAGGUGUUUGGAAAUUGCUCCCAAGGAUGAACCAGACUUGUGGAGGUCUACAAUUUUAUUUCUGAGGUCUUGGCUGAUUUCUUUUGAUUUUCCCAUGAUGUCAAGCAAAGAGGCACUGAGUUUGAAGGUAGGCCUUGAAAUACAUCCACAGGUACACCUCCAAUUGACUCAAAUUAUGUCAAUUAGCCUAUCAGAUGCUUCUAAUGCCAUGACAUCAUUUUCUGGAAUUUUCCAAGCUCUUUAAAGGCACAGUCAACUUAGGGUAUGUAAACUUCUGACCCACUGGAAUUGUGAUACAGUGAAUUAUAAGUGAAAUAAUCUGUCUGUAAACAGUUAUUGGAAAAAUUACUUGUCAUGCACAAAGUAGAUGUCCUAACUGACUUGCCAAAACUAUAGUUUGUUAACAAGAAAUGUGUGGAGUGGUUGAAAAACUAGUUUGAAUGACUCCAACCUAAGUGUUUGUAAACUUCCGACUUCAACUGUAAACAGGAUGCACCUGAGCUCAAUUUCGAGUCUCAUAGCAAAGGGUCUGAAUUCUUAAAUAAAUAAGGUAUUUCUGUUUUUUAUUUUUAAUACAUUUGCAAACAUUUCUAAAAACCUGUUUUCGCUUUAUCAUUAUAGAGUAUCGUGUGUAGAUUGAUGAGGAUUUUUUUUUUUUUUUUUUUUUUUUUUUUUUUUUUGUCAUUUAGCAGACGCUCUUAUCCAGAGCGACUUACAGGAGCAAUUAGGGUUAAGUGCCUUGCUCAAGGGCACAUCGACAGAUUUUUCACCUAGUCGGCUCGGGGAUUAGAACCAGCGACCUUUCGGUUACUGGCACAACGCUCUUACCCACUAAGCUACUACAAUCCAUUGUAGAAUAAGGCUGUAACGUAAGAAAAUGUGGAAAAAGGGAAGGGGUCUGAAUACUUUCCAAAUGCACUGUAGUAGCAAUAUGGUGGCUACUGUUGAUAGUCUGCAAAAAAAAGCUACAAAAAGACACCUAGCAUUCGUCUUGGUUAGCCUACUGUAGCCAGUCAAUAUCUCGUUUGAAACGUUUGUCUUAGAGGGGCAGCUUCCUAUUUUGAGAUGUAAAAAUAUUCUCAAAAUGACACUUCAACAAAAGAGGGCAGUAGGACUUGAAAUUACUGAAUUACUUUCUAAAUAUAGUAACAAUGAAAUUAUAAAUGACUUACUAUGAGAUUUCACAUUUCUUAUAAGUAUAAAAUAAAUAUGGUCUUACUUAGUGACAGUACAAUAUUUGGCACUAUUUCAUAUAACUGCAGACAGAGAAUUUUCUCCUAAACGUCCACUGAGCAGCACAGAGACACCAUUUAAAUGUGUGCAGACUCGUUACAACUUCAGCUUCACCAAGAGAAAGUGGUCUUAGUUCAAUUCUAUGACAUUAUUUAGUUGUGUUGGGAGCUCUAUAUCCGGCUGAGAAUAUCACAGCAAGAUUAAACUAGUAUUGUUGCAUCCGCUAGAUUCUUCCAUUUAAUAUGCGCUAUUGCAAGCGCAGCUGUAAGUUUCACAGACACACGAAAUCGUUCCUUUGUCUGGAUAGGCCCGAAAAUGUGACACGUCACUCCCUAUGCAAAUGUGGGGUCUGAUACCUGACACUUCAAGUCAGCCACGCUGGGAGAGUGGGAGCACAGAGACGGUGCUUUCUUGCACUAUAAGACACAGGACCCUACGAUGUUCACAGAGAGCUUUGUACACAAAAAUGUCAGUCGGAACUGGUCCAGAACCGCUCAAAGUCCCCCAAAUAGGGGACUUAACAUCUAAGAGGUAUCAUAAUAACCAAAUGUAGCCUAUUCAUUGCUGAAAAUAGAAAGAUGCAUGCCAAGCUAUAGGCCCUGCAUGACACCAAUGCAUUUAAAAACUACACCAUGUCCAGGCCAGUAAAAAUUAUGUUCGGGCCAGUAGCUUUUUGGCCAACCGGGCCAGUAAGAAAAAAAGUUAAUGUUGGACCCUGAAGGUAAACAAUGUCAUGUUUUGGCAGGACAUAAAGCUGGUUAUUUUUUCUUUGUGUAAUGUCUUCCAGUGGCAAAUUAAGCUUGUCCAAAACUUGUCCAGAGAGACUUGUGGGUUGUUCAGUAACAACCGGGUGAGUUGGAUGCAGCCAGACCUACACAGCCCCGCUUUCAGCUUUGCAGUAUUCCUCUCUUAGCUCAAGAUUUAACUUUAGGUUGAACAUUAAGUAACAUCCCUUCAAAAGUCUUUGCUUUGACAGCAAGUCUCGAAUAGCAUGCUUUAAGCUUGGGUACGAUUCCUGUGGCACCUUACUCGGCAGCAGUCAAUCUUUAGCCAUUGCUGGCACGAGAGGAACAAGCCUGUUGCUCACUCCGGUUUUCAAUUCAGCAUCCUACUGUUCCAGGAUUACAGUCGAUGAAAGCUUCUUCUCCCAGAUCUGUUGAAUGUAGCUAGUGUCUGCCUGGCAUUUCGCCCACAGUGUGUGAGCGAGGGAGUGAAUGCAGCAGUUUGAAUUCGUGACAGAGCUUAACCGUUGUGACUUACCGUCACUGGUGGGCUGUAGGUUGGCAGGGCAUCAUACUCUCUGGUACAGGGAUGUUCCAUUUCAAAACUUCAAAGGCCAUGGCAUCAUUAUUAAGCAUUGGUAGCAGUUUUCAGUGUUUUUAAAAUGUCCGUUUUUCUCUGUUUCUCUUCAACAGUGGUGAGCAACGCAUGGCUGGAAACGUUGCUGUCUGCAAUCGAUGCUUUACCAAAGGAAACCAUCAGACAGGAGGUAACAGCAACCUGAAAUGUAUACUAGCUAACACAUUAACGUAACACAUACUAGCUAAUACAGGUUAUUAUAAAAUGAACCAAAGCAUAUAACAAGCCUUGGCAACCACCUAGGGAUGUUAACGGUUAACCAUUAAUCGGUUCGCAUCAAAAAUACAUUUCACUAGUCAUGCUUACCGGUCUAUAGGUUAAUUUGCAUAAUUUUAUGGAUUUCAAUUGGCACGUGUGUAUUUUCGUUAGUUCGUCAUGUAUCUAUUUAUCAGACGUGCACAGAGCCUAAUUUGAGCGGAAUAUCACCUGUCGGACAGCGAGAGCUGCAUCUCCUCAAACAGCUGGUUGCUACUGGUGUGAAACGUGUUCUUAAAAGCCCAGUCAUUGCGCAACAAUUCUAAAUGCAAUUGCGUGUUAAAAACAGAGUUUUGAUGGCCACGAUUAAAAAGAGAUACAGUUUUUAUUUCUCAACUCCUAAUUUCUCAACUCCUGAACCGUGUCCUCCAUUCACCAUUUGAGUGCAUAGGCAAUAGUUUAGGCAGGCUAUCAGCACGUCACCUACCACCUUGCAAUCUGAGCUGGAGGCAGUAUGCAUUUUGAUAACAUAUACUUAAUUGUGUGAAACCUGGAUGUUUUACUUCAUAUUAUGAGGUAUGUCUUACCUUGCUUCAAAGUAGCGUAGACAAAAUCUGACUAUGCGCAUUUGUGUAGGAUAGAUUAUUGCGCAACCCCAAACGCUAUAUUCAGAUUAGACUCACAUUUGUUACAAUAAACCCCUUACCUAAAAUUCAAUGGUAUUUUAUAUGGUAUUUAGGCACAUUCACAUAUUGAUAUAACAUUUCACUUCUUUACAUCAAGUUUGCCAGUACCUUAGAAAAAUGAAAAAAAUGAAAAAAGUCAAAUGCUAAAAGUAUCUUAUAUAAAAUAUAUUAAUACCUCCAAGCACACAUCAAAAUCCACAAAGAAAUGGUUAAUUGACCACAAAAUCACAAUUUUGCAAUGGCCAUCUCAGUCUCUGGAUUUGAACCCCAUUGAAAACCUGCGCAGACGAAGGAUAUCAAGGAUCUGGAAAGAUUCUGUACGUUGGAAUGGUGUAAUAACACUCCCAAUGUGUUCUCCAGUCUCAUAAAACAUUUUAGAAAAAGUGCCAUUAUCCUCCCAAAUUGAGGUAUUGAAAGUUAUUGAAAACAGGGAUGUUUUUGAGAAUAAUUUUUGUUAACUUUUUAAACAGUCUCUUUUGCUCAUCUUUAUCAAGGGUACCAAUAAUUUUAGACCUGACUGUAUAGUCCUAGGCAUAUGUUGUUGUUAGGAGGUCACAUAUAUUUUGCUUUUAUUACUGCGCAUUUUAAUUGUAAUUUUACUUUCAAACUAUUUUGCCAUUUUGAUCCCAAUUGGACCCUUUAUUUAUAGAAAUACCCAUAUAUGGCACAUAUGUGCCUCAACUCCCUGACAUUUAGAUUUUUUUGUAUUUUGUUGCAUCUCAUUCAUCUUGCUUUUUAGUCCAAGACUAGGCUUAAUCUGUGUCCGGGAAACCGUCCCAUAGUAUUUUACCUGAGAAUUAUGCCAGGCUUCUAAGGCAUUUCUGGGCAUAUUUCUGGGCUUUAAAACUGUACUUUUUCAAAAUGCCUUGCUGCGCCAAGGUCCAUUUGUAAAUGUGACAAACGCUCUCACAGGGAGAUGCCAAGUUCAUUAGCAAUCAUCUAACAAUAACCCAUGUUAUGAAAUACAUUUCUGAAAUAAGCCCCUGAUGAUGCAUAUACAUCCAGUUUGAGGCAAUUGUUUUAUACUACCCUGCAGUACAGGUUAACUUUUUAAUGCCCAUAACUGUAUAACCGUUAGUAUAUCUAAUAUGGGGAAUUAAAAUGGUUUCUAAUGGAACAGUGCCAUUGGAAGAAACUAAGUUGGCUAUCAUUUCUCAGUAUGACAGUACUGUGCCCGACAACCCAAGUCGGCCACAAUUACUUGUAAGAAACUGUUGUUAGUUAGGAAACUAAACUUGGCAACAUAAUUUAGCAUGGUUCCGAUGGAGCACUAUAAAUGGAAUAGGAUGUCAUUUGGGAUGCAACCCAUGGCUUCCUUAAACAGGCUGUUCCUUCCCUAACACCCUAAUAGCCUGUAUCCAUUUGUUAAUCAUGCAGAUCCUCAGCCCGCUUGUGUCCAAAGCUCAGCUGUCGCAGUCCCUGCAGGCCCGGUUAGCCAGCUGUCGUAUCCUGGGGAAGGUGGCCUGCAAGUUUGAGUCUCCCAUGUGAGUUUGUACCCUGGAGUUUGUAUCUUCCUCAAUCACCAAACAGAAGGUCUGAUGCUUGUUUUUCUACAAGGGAAUGUCUUGGUUAAAUGCUUAUUUUUCUGUAAGGAAAUGUCUUGGUUAAAUUAGUUAUAUAGAUGUAGGGGCCAUAGAUGCUACAGUAGGAUAAAUUAGUUAAUGAUAGAUAGCCUAGACCAGGGGUGGGCAAACUUUUUGUCUCUAGGGCCACAUCGGGAUUAAAGAAUUCAACGAAGGGCCACACAUUUUUGUUCGUCAAAAUCGAUACUUUCUGUCUAGUGUGGCCUGGAGUGUUUUUUCAACCAAAAAUAAUCAUUUCUCCUAACAACAACAAAUAUAUACCCCACAGGCCGCAUUUAAUUGGCUGGCGAGCCCAGCCUUGGCCUAGACGAUAGAUGUAGGACCCAUAGAUUCUAGGCUAAAUUAGUUACAAUCAUUUCACAGCUUAUCUGAAUUAGUAUCUCGUAGAAAAAUCUCUAUUGUGCCCUUUGGGACACCUUUCCAAUAAUCAAUCAUAAUUUGUCUUGAUUUCUCUUGAUAUGCCCCCAAAUUAUGUGAAACCCUCUUGGCAGAGUGAAGAAGGACCUCCUGCCCCUGGUGAGGUCCCUGUGCCAGGACGUGGAGUACGAGGUGCGCUCCUGCAUGUGUCGCCAGCUGGAGAACAUCGCCAGAGGAAUCGGGUAAAAGAAAAGAACAGAGAAAAAAAGAAAGGAGAAAACCUUUCAGAUAAUCUAGAAAACAGCUGUGUCUGGUGUCGCGUUAAAAUCGGAGGAGAGCUCAUUGUAAUGGCUGGAAUGGAAUAAAUGGAAUGGUUUCCAUGUGUUUUAUGUGUUUGAUAUAUUUUCCAUUUAUUUAUUUCCAGCCAGUACAUUGAGCCCCUCUGAUUUCUCCGCCCACAAGACUCCACUGGUAGAAACAGUCGCAUUGUUCAAACCGAAAGGCAUAAUGGUUCAAUUGAACGGUGUCUUUGAAAAGGCUAAACACACCCUGUUGACCUGAGGAAAUAGACCAGUAUGCGAGACUAAAUACUCCUGAACUUUUGUUUGAAUACCCAAAAAAUUCUUAGAAGCUUUGCUUUCAGUUGAAGCUUGUGUGUUGGGUGGGGGGGAGUCUUUUUUCCUAUCAUGAACCUACAACAGAUGACUAUAAACGCAGGCUUAUCGCAGCAGAAACUCUGUGUCCCAAAUGGCACCCUAUUCCCUAUAUAGUUCACUACUUUUGAGCAGAGCACUAUGGGCCCCUGGUCAAUAGUAGUGCACUUUAUAGGGAAUAGGGUGUCAUUUGACAAGCACACACUAUCAACCCUGAUAGACUGCAGCAGCCCCUUGGGAACAGCCGGUCCAGUCAAGAAGAAUGAUUUCUAAAAUUCUGCCUGGUUACCUGUGUAGCAAAUGCUUUAUUUUGCAAUCAGCAAAGUGGCAGGGGGAAGGUAGUGCUUACUUUGGUAUUAAUGCUUAGUGACACUACAACUAAUGGAUACAUAUUGACCAAAUAGAGAAACUCACAGGACGGCACACUACUGGGUAUCCUAAGCGUGCAGUAUACUCUUUGGGCUGGUUUCUCGGACACAGAUUAAGCCUAGUCCUGGACAAAAAUCACUUUCAAUGGAGAAUCCUCAUUGAGCAUACUUUUAAAUCCAUGACUAUGCUUAAUCUGUGUCCGGGAAACCGGCCCCUAGAGUGCAUCUCAGUAUCAUUUGUCUCAUCGUCUCCACUUUCCUGUUAUUUUAUUAUCCCCAUCCAUAUAGAGAUGUUCCCCUCAAUAACAUAUAGAUAUUGAUCCAUUAGUUGAAUAGAACAUCUUUGAGUUACUGACAGGUGCAAUGAAUGAAAACACCAACACUAACUGGUGCACAGAAACAAAUUACCUGACGCUUUGAAUGGAUCUUUUAGUGUUUUGUUCAUUAGUCCAUCAAACUUUAAUGUUCACCUGCAAAAAUGAACAAAAUACUAAAAGUUCGUUUGAGUGAACUAUCCCUUUAACAGUGCUACAUUAAUACAGUAUGUGCUAGUGUUAGUUACUGCAGGUAGCUUAGUGGUUAAGAGCAUAGUGCCAGUAACCGAAAGGUCGCUGGUUCUAAUCCCUGAGCCGACUAGGUGAAAAAUCUGUCGAUGUGCCCUUGAGCAAGGCACUUAACCCUAAUUGCUCCUGUAAGUCGCUCUGGAUAAGAGCGUCUGCUAAAUGACAAAAAUAAAAAUAAAUAAAAUAAACCCACUGUUAAAUAUUGGUAUUGGGAGUUUUGCAGGCAACCAAUUGUGCAACAGUGAGUUAUCAGAAUACGUAUUUUGUCAGAGGGUGAGUGACUUAUUAAGGGGGAGGUGUAUUAUGUGUCAGUCACAAACACAACCCUGUAACCUUAACAUGAUACGUUCUCUAACUUCACUCUCUGUCAUCCUUCAUUGAUCUUUUGGAUGCAGUUUAUGAAAUGUGCUGUUUUACAUUGCCAAUAUUGGGGGAGGGAGGUUAUAUUCUUCUUAGCUCGUACACUUAGGGAUAGCCUAGUUCACAAUAAAAUAUUCUCAUGUUUCCAAACCUCAGCAGUGGUCUUAAACUAAAGUCAAGUCCAUUUUCCUUUUUUUGUGAUACGUUUUUUAUUGUUGACACUUGUUGGAUAACAGGCAUAUAUAUACACAGCAAAUAGGCUGUGACUCAUGUUCGUAGCAUUCAUAAUGAUAGUAUUGUUUUUACAAAAGAGAUGCAGCGAAAAAUGACAUCAGCUUUGCACGCUUAAAUCAAUGAAAUUGGCAUACAGAGGCAGAUCUGACUCUGUAUCUCAAUGUGAAUGGCAUCAGCAUGCUUGUAUUUGUAGUAGUGUCAACCUUAUUUGUUAUAUACAUUUCUUAUCCAUUGACAAUUAAGUAUAUGAAUAUGAACAAAAGGGGAGAAAACUAAAGAAAUAUAAAUAAUAAUUAAAGAAUGGGGUUGCGUUAAAUUGAGAGCACAGGGAAGAUAAUCUUCCAUAAUGAUUUUAUCCCCAGGCAUUCCCACAUCAUAUGGAUUAAGGUACCUUGAGUGUCAUUAGAGCAUAGAGUACAAUUGGGUGAUGGUUUGGCUUUAAUGUGAUACAAUUUCCGGGGAGUAAAGUACGUUCUGUGAACAAAAUUUAAGUGAAUCAUAUAUUGUGCCAUAUUGUUUGCCAAUUAAGAACAUUGUUGGAUAUUUGUAGAUCUUUUUUACACAAUUUGUCAAUUGAAAGUGGCUUGGAUGAGGACUUUACUAGACGGGAAUUCAUUUCAGAGACGAGACCUCUUUUUCCAAGCAGUACCUUAUGAAGGUGAAGCUUUGUUUCCCAAGAUACCCCAUGAGAGUGCAUAGCAAAACGUAAUUGUAAGUAGAAAAAUAAUGAGUUGCCAGGCAGGUAGUACUAUUGUUGAAUAUCUUGGAAUGCGCGGAGACCCUCAUCCCCAAAAAUGGCUGAAAGUGUGUGCAAUCCAUUGCCAUGCCACAGGGGAAAUGAGAUGGGGCGCCCUCCCAAUUGGAGACCAAAAUUAUGGAAAAUUCAUGAUUGGAGAUACCAGUUGAGUGUGAUUCCACAUAUUUUUUCAGCCAGAUGCCAAACAGAAAUGGCGUGAGAAAUAAUAGAGCCGAAUCUUAAUUUAGAUUGUUUCAGAGCUACAUUGGAAUAGAUUAGGUUUUGUAAUCUGUGUUGGUGAACACAUUUUUAUUCUAUUGGACGCCAUGCCACGCCCUGUAUCUCAGUUGGUAGAGCAUGGCGCUUGCAACACCAGGGUUGUGGGUUCGUUUCCCACGGGGGGCCAGUAUGAAAAUGUACUAACUGUAAGUCGCUCUGGAUAAGAGCGUCUGCUAAAUGACUAAAAUGUGAAAUGUAAAAGCAAGUUUCUGGAUUUAGCCUACAUUUGACAUUUUAAUCAUUUAGCAGACGCUCUUAUCCAGAGCGACUCCUAGUAGCGAGAGAAUACAGAGAAAAUGACCAUGGGAACCAUUGGAAUUUUGGGAGGCUUAUUCCACCUGAGGUAUUUUGUCUCUGUAAUAUGGAGAGUUUAAUUCUUGUUUUUUUUCCCUCCAGAUACAUUUUGAGAUUAGGUUGUGCAUUUUCUUCCAGUGGCCAUCAAGUGGUGCUACAAGGAGCAUUUUACUUUUUUAUGACAAACUGGUGGAAUCUGCCCCAGGCAUGUUGGAUUGCUCGGAGGGGUAUACUACAAAGCAGGUGUGAGGAGUUGGCGAGGUAACUUUGGUCAACUCUUGAGUUCAACUCGGGAUAACCGGUCAUACGAAAGUGGCUCACCUUUUAGCCAGGUAAUUUCUAUGGCAAUGAAUUCUUAUGAACUAACCUGCUCCGGGGCAGGCUAACUCACUGGUAACUCCACUGAAAUGACUGAGCCACGAGUUGAGGACCAAUCAAAUAAGUUUCCCUGUAACAGUAACACUUUUGUAUGACUUAAUACAAUUAUUGUAUCGAUAGGAGUGGGGGAAAAAGGUGCUUGUGGUUGUGCAUUGAUUAGCACACCAACGACGGCAUUAAUGAUAAGUAAUAAAAUAAAGUUGCCACUUAUAAAAGCCUGUUUCACACCAUAGCCCAUGGAUUGAUGUUUCACCAUUGUCUCAAUGAAGAGUUUGGCGUUCGACUAGCCAUUACAAGCGGCAGGCGGUCGAGCGAUAUCCACCGUCGUAGUAUGAUUAAGCCUGAGCUGGAAUGUGAAGCUGAAGCUGGUUAGCUUUAGAAAACUCUGAGUAGAUAUAGCUUGCUUCGUAGGAUACCCUUCUGUUGGUUGAGAGAUCUCAUGUGGAUCAGCCACGACAGACUCUUCAUUGGUGUUGGCUGUGACUUUCUGGUGGUUUCUAAGCAGUCGAUUCUCUACUUUUGAUAGUGUUAUUUUAGAAGCCAUGUUCAAGUUUGUAGCUUGUAGAAGCGGAAGUUUGCCUAAAAUUUGGUCAAACAAAGGGAGGUUGGAGAACAGAACUCUAUGCUGCCAUCUUACUCAUGCCACAAAUGUUGUCUUGCCACACAGGUCCAUUUUCCAUUAAUUUUGAGGCAUGAAAUUAUCUGACAAACUUUGAUUUGGGGGAAACUCAAACGAUCCCUUUAAUGGGAAUGUGUGUUUGUUAUAUAAUUGUGUCUCGUCUCUUUCUCCUCUGGUGUCUCAGACUGGACCACACCAAGGCGGCAGUGCUGCCUGAGCUCGUAGAGUUGGCUCGGGACGAGGGGAGCACGGUGCGCCUGGCCGCCUUCGACACCAUCAUUAACCUGCUGGAGAUGUUCGACAGUGGUGAGAAACCUCAUUCAAUGACACCACCUCACCUAUGUCAUGCACCCUCAACACCUCAUAUAAACCUCAUAUAACCUUAUCACCUCAAACAGUCUCACCUCUCACACAAAAAAACUUCUACAAUCUCACCACCUCAUACAAACAUCAUACGAACUCUAUGUGAUUACCCUGCACCCUCACACAGCCGGCCCACAUGGCUUUUCCACUGCUGGCACUAUAACGUCAUUCAGCCCACAUACUUCUGUCUGCGUGGCAGGCCGUGCUACACCCUCGUACAGCCUACAUAGCCGUCUCUGUGGCCAUGUUGCUCUCACAUUCAACUUACACUUCUUCUUACUACAGCGUGCCUCGCAAGCAGCCCACACUACUCCCGAUCUGGCGGCUCUUGUUCGCUGGCAAUUUUCUACUCAUUGAUGUUCCAAGAGAGGACAGACGCCCACACGUUCACAUUGUUCCCGGAAAAGUCUUUAAACCAAAGCAGUAUUUUGACAGGAAUAGCUUUAUAAAGGCACUUACAGAAAAUACGGUUAUAAUGUUCCUAUUCAAUGGUUGUGAUGUUCCUAUUGAUCUGUUUUUUUACCUAGCAUCUAUCUUAGGUUUGCAUAUUUUUUGUUCUAGCUCUGCACAAGCAAAACUGAUUUCACUACUCAACUAAUACUCACACCCUUGAUUACCUGUAUAAGGUGUGCUUGUGCUCUGCAAAAAAAAUAUGCAACCCCUGGGGUUGCCAAGAACCAGAGUCUACUACAGACAUAAACCUGGCUCAUUAAAACCAAUGCACUUCACAACCUUGUCUCUACAUUGUCUGUGGGAAACACUUACUUGUCUGGCUUAGCGACACUCUUCCAAGACACCCCUGCACCCGCAAAGUUCCUUUGAUAUGCAAAUACUAUACUCGUUACAGUAGUUGGCACACUGGCUCCAACUAAGCUGUCAGCGGUAAUGGCCACAGUCUGAUAUUUCUUCACGAGGCCUUUGCACGUUGCUACGUGGAGUCCCGGCCCUAUUGCUUUCAUCUUUCAGAUGUCCUUUCAGAUCUGCCCAGGUAAGUCGUCAGGGCAGAGAAAAGGUAGCAAGUUAGCUCUUAUACACUCCAUGGCCGCAUGAUGAGUAACAUCAUAUUGAGUUGAUACUGUGUUUUGGAAUGGAAUGCAGCCACUGUGUGUAUGAGGGAUGACAAUUCCGAUUGUCCGCUCUCUGCCAGAUGCCCAUUUCAUUGGGAGGCAGCACCGUCAUGUCAAACUGUCUUUCUCUCUUCUCUCCCCCUCACUUUUUAGACGACAGGACGCGUGUUAUCUUUCCGCUGGUGAAGACGUUCUGUGAAAAGUGCUUUAAAGCUGACGAGGCGGUGCUGGCUUCGCUGUCGUUUCAGUACGGCAAGCUCUGUCACGGACUCUCAGGUGGGUUUAAUACCUCUUACAUUGGCUGCUCUGUCACAGACUCUCAGGUGGGUUUAAUACCUCUUACAUUGGCUGCUCUGUCACAGACUCUCAGGUGGGUUUAAUACCUCUUAAAUGGGCUGCUCUGUCACGGACUCUCAGGUGGGUUUAAUACCUCUUAAAUGGGCUGCUCUGUCACAGACUCUCAGGUGGGUUUAAUACCUCUUACAUUGGCUGCUCUGUCACAGACUCUCAGGUGGGUUUAAUACCUCUUAAAUGGGCUGCUCUGUCACGGACUCUCAGGUGGGUUUAAUACCUCUUAAAUGGGCUGCUCUGUCACAGACUCUCAGGUGGGUUUCAGACCUCUUAAGGCCAGACACUACACCCUAAUAGGGUCUUUUUUUUCCCCUUAUUCAUAUCACAAUUAACUUUUACCACUUGAAUGUAGACAGAAAUACAAUAUUUUUUUUUAUUAAAUACAGUACUUUUUGUAUUAAAAUAGGCAAAUGAGGUAAUACACUAAAGUAUAUGGACACCUGUUCAAAUUAGUGUAUUCGGCUAUUUCAGCCACACCCGUUGCUGACAGGUGUAUAAAAUCGAGCACACAGCCAUGCAAUCUCCAUAGACAAACAUUGGCAAUAGAAUGGCCUUACUUAAGACCUCAGUGACUUUCAACCUGGCACCGUCAUAGGAUGCCACCUUUCCAACAACUCAGUUCGUCAAAAUUCUGCCCUGCUAGAGCUGCCCUGGUCAACUGUAAGUGCUGUUAUUGUGAAGUGGAAACGUCUAGGAGCAACAACGGCUCAGCCGCGAAGUUGUAGGCCACACAAGCUCACAGAACGGGACCGUUGAGUGCUGAAGCGCGUAGUGUGCAGUGGGGGAAAAAGUAUCCAAUUGUCAUACUUGAGUAAAAGUAAAGAUACCUUAAUAGAAAAUGACUCCAGUAAAAGUGAAAGUCACCCAGUAAAAUACUACUUGAGUAAAAGUAUUUGGUUUUAAACAUACUUAAGUAUCAAAGUAAAUGUAAUUGCUAAAAUGUACUUAAGUAUCAAAAGUAAAAGUAUAAAUUAUUUUAAAUUCCUUAUAUUAAGCAAACCAGACAGCACAAUUGUCCUGUUUUUUAUGUUUACAGAUAGCUAGGGGCAUUGCGCAUGGUGAUCUUAGGCUUGUGUGUGGCUGCUCGGCCAUGGAAACCCAUUUCAUGAAACUCCCGACGAACAGUUCUUGUGCUGACGUUGCUUCUAGAGGCAGUUUGGAAAUCAGUAGUGAGUGUUGCAACCGAGGACAGACGAUUUUCACGCACUACCAGUGGUGUAAAGUACUUAAGUAAAAAUAAUUGAAAGCACUACUUAAGUAGUUUUUGGGGUAUCUGUACUUUACUUUAAUAUUUAUAUAUAUAUAUAUAUAUAUAUUUUUUUUUUUUAUAAAAGUUUUUUGUAUUUUACCCCCUUUUUCUCCCCAAUUUCGUGAUAUCCCCAACGGGCUCGGGAGAGGCAAAGGUCGAGUCAUGCGUCCUCCGAAACAUGACCCGCCAAACCGUGCGCCUUAACACCUGCCAGCUUAACCCGGAAGCCAGCCGCACCAAUGUGUCGGAGGAAACAACAUUAAACUGACGACACGAGUCAGCGUGCAUGCGCCCGCCUGCCACAAGGAGUCGCUAGAGCGCGAUGGGACCAGGACAUCCUGGCCGGCAAAACACUCCGCUAACCCGGACGACGCAGGGCCAAUUGGCACAGCGUCGUCCGGGUUUGGCCGGUGUAGGCCGUCAUUGUAAAUAAGAAUUUGAUCUUAACUGACUUGCCUAGUUAAAUAAAGGGAAAAAAUAAAAUAAAAAUAAAAAACAUAUCCUUGCCUGUGAAGCCCUGUUUGUGCAAAGCAAUGAUGACGGCACGUGUUUCCUUGCAGGUAACCAUGGUUAACAGAGGAAGAACAAUGAUUUCAAGCACCCACCCUCCUUUUAAAGCUACCUGUCUGUUAUUCUAACUCAAUCAGCAUGACAGAGUGAUCUCCAGCCUUGUCCUCGUCAACACUCUCACCUGUGUUAACGAGGGAAUCACUGACAUGAUGGUAGCUGGUCCUUUUGUGGCAGGGCUGAAAUGCAGUGGAAAUGUUUUUGGGGGAUUAAGUUCAUUUUCAUGGCAAAGAGGGACUUUGUAAUUAAUUGCAAUUCAUCUGAUCACUGUUCAUGACAUUCUGGAGUAUAUGCCAAUUGCAAUCAUCAAAACUGAGGCAGCAGACUUUAUGAAAAUUAGUAUUUGUGUCAUUCUCAAAACUUUUCACCACGACUGUACAGUCUUCCUUCUACUCACUCUGUCAAUUAGGUUAGUAUUGUGGAGUAACUAUAAUGUUGUUGAUCCAUCCUCAGUUUUCUCCUAUCACAGCCAAUGAACUCUGUAACUGUUUUAAAGUCACCAUUGGCCUCAUGGUGAAAUCCCUGAGCGGUUUCCUUCUUCCGGCAACUGAGUUAGGAAGGACGCCUGUAUCUUUGUAUUGCCUUGGUGUAUUGAUCCACCAUCCAAAGUAUAAUUAAUAACUUCACCAUGCUCAAAAGGAUAUUCAAUGUCUGCUUUUAUUUGUAUUUUUACCCAUCCUUCUUUGCGAGGCAUUGGAAAACCUCCCUGGUCUUUGUGGUUGAAUCUGUGUUUGAAAUUCACUGCUCGACUGAGGGAUGUUACAGAUAAUUCUAUGUGUGGGGUACAGAGAUUAAGUAGUCAUUAAAAAAAUCAUGUUAAACACUAUUAUUGCACACAUAGUGAGUCCAUACAACUUAUUAUGUGACUUGUUAAGCACAUUUUUACUCCUGAACUUAUUUAGGUUUGCCAUAAAAAAGGGAAUGAAUACUUAUUGUGUCAAGAAAUUUCAGCCUUUCGGUUUUUUAUUAAUUUGUUAACACAUAAUUCCACUUUGACAUUAUGGGGUAUUGUAUGUAGGCCAGUGAAUAAAGAAAUCUCAAUUUAAUCAAUUUUAAAUUCAGGCUGUAACACAACAACAUGUGGAAAAAGUCAAAGUGUGUGAAUACUUUUGAAGGCACUGUACUUUGAAGAACUACUAAAAUAGUGAUUUUUGUCAGAUAGCAUAGGCAGCAGCUCUAUAGAGAUGAGAUGAUGACAUAGUGUGAAAUAAUAAAGUCAUCAAAUAAAACACAUGUAAUACAGUGCCUUCGGAAAGUAUUCAGACCCCUUUACUUUUUCCACAUUUUGUUACGUUACAGCCUUAUUCUAAAAUGGAUUAAAUAAAUACAAAUCCUCAGCAAACUACACACAAUACCCAAUAAUGACAAAGCGAAAACAGGUUUUUAGUUUAUUUUCUUUUACAUAAGUAUUCAGACCCUUUGCAAUGAGACUCGAAAUUGGGAUCAGGUGAAUCCUGUUUCCAUUGAUCGUCCUUGAAAUGUUUAUACAACUUGAUUGGAGUCCACCUGUGGUAAAUUCAAUUGAUUGUACAUGAUUUGGAAAGAUUAUAUAAGGUCCCACAGUUGACAGUGCAGGUCAGAGCAACAACCAAGCCAUGAGGUCGAAGGAAUUGUCUGUAGAGCUCCGAGACAGAAUUGUGUCGAGGCACAGAUCUGGGGAAGGGUAUAGUGGCCUCCAUCAUUCUCUAAUGGAAGAAGUUUGGAACCACCAAGAGUCUUCCUAGAGCUGGCCGCCCAGCCAAACUGAGCAAUCGGUGGAGAAGGGCCUUGGUCAGAGAGGUGACCAAGAACCCGAUGGUCACUCUGACAGAGCUCUAGAGUUCCUCUGUGGAGAUGGGAGAACCUUCCAGAAGGACAACCAUCUCUUUGAGCCAGGCCCAUGAGAUGAGCCAGGCCCAUCUCCCGGCUAUCUACCUCUCUGUCAACCGGACGGGACCACCUAGUGUGACACGGAGACCCGCCGAUCCAACACGACAGGUCUGCCGACGAAAUCGUCUGAUGUGGUUACAACAGGCUUCCCGUUACGACGUCGACCACGAAGAUUCCAUCUGCUAGCCCCGGCCCGCUAGCACACGCUAGCCGUGGCCUCUUGCUCGCUAGUGCUUUAGCAGCCUCCGAACUACCUCCGAACUAUCCUAUUGCUGUUCACCGGACCUUAUGAUAACUCAGCUAUACAGCUGAUGCCUGCUGGACUGUUCCUUUUUACGGUACCGCAUCCUGUUUAUGUUUAGCCUCAGCCCAAACUGUGUCGCCAUUACCAGCUGUUGUCUUAGCUCUCUCAUAUUACACCUGUGAUUGCGUUAUGCCUCUCUCCCAUGUCAAUAUGGUUUCCUUAUUGCUGUUUCGGUUAUUUCUAAUUGUACUAUUUCACUGUAGAUCCCCCAGCCCAGCUAAACCUGCCUUAGAUAGCUCCUUUGUCCCACCCCCCAUACACGCGGAGACCAACUCAAUCGGUGCCUCCAGUUAUGCUAUCUCUUUCAUUGUUACCCAACGCUUAGGUUUACCUCCACUUUACUCAUAUCCUUCCAUAUCCUUGUCUGUACAUAAUGCCCUGAAUCUUUUCUACAACGCCCGGAAAUCUGCCCCCUUAUUCUCUGUACCCAAUGCACUAGAAGACCAGUUCUUAAAGCCUUUAGCCGUAUCCUUAUUCUAGUCCUCCUCUGUUCCUCUGGUGAUGUAGAGGCUAACCCAGGCUUUGCAGCCCCCAGUAUCACUCCUACUCCCCAGGCGCUAUCAUUUGUUGACUUCUGUAACCGUAAAAGCCUUGGUUUCUUGCAUGUUAAUAUCAGAAGUCUCCUUCCUAAAUUUGAGUUAUUCACUGCGUUAGCACACUCCGCCAAUCCUGAUGUUCUAGCAGUGUCUGAAUCCUGGCUUAGGAAGGCCACCAAAAAUUCUGAAAUGUCCAUCCCCAACUAUAACAUUUUCCGUCUAGAUAGAACUGCCAAAGGGGGUGGAGUUGCAAUCUACUGUAGAGAUAGCCUGCAGAGCUCUAUCAUACUAUCCAGGUCUGUGCCCAAACAGUUUGAGCUUCUACUUCUAAAAAUCCACCUUUCCAGAAAUAAGUCUCUCACUGUUGCCGCUUGCUACAGACCCCCCUCAGCCCCCAGCUGUGCCCUGGACACCAUAUGUGAAUUGAUUGCCCCCCAUUUAUCCUCAGAGUUCGUACUGCUUGGUGACCUAAAUUGGGAUAUGCUUAACACCCCGGCCAUCCUACAAUCCAAACUAGAUGCCCUCAAUCUCACACAAAUUAUCAACAAACCUACCAGGUACAACCCUAAAUCCGUAAACAUGGGUACCCUCAUAGAUAUCAUCCUGACUAACUUACCCUCUAAAUACACCUCCGCUGUCUUCAACCAGGAUCUCAGCGAUCACUGCCUUAUUGCCUGCGUCCGUAACGGGUCCGCGGUCAAACGACCACCCCUCAUCACUGUCAAACGCUCCCUAAAACACUUUAGCGAGCAGGCCUUCCUAAUUGACCUGGCCCAGGUAUCCUGGAUGGAUAUAGAUCUCAAAAAGUUUUGUGACACUGCAAAGUCCAUGGAGAAUAAGAGCACUUCCUCCCAGCUGCCCACUGCACUGAGGCUAGGAAACACUAUCACCACCGAUAAUUCUACAAUAAUCGAGAAUUUCAACAAGCAUUUUGCUACGGCUGGCCAUGCGUUCCACCUGGCUACCACUACCCCGGCCACCAGCUCUGCACCCUCCGCUCCAACUUGCCCAUGACCCCCCCGCUUCUCCUUCACACAAAUUCAGACAGCUGAUGUUCUGAAAGAGCUGCACAAUCUGGACCCCUACAAAUCAGCUGGGCUAGACAAUCUGGACCCUUUCUUUCUAAAACUAGCCGCCGAAAUUGUCGCAACCCCUAUUACUAGCCUGUUCAACCUCUCUUUCGUAACGUCUGAGAUCCCCAGAGAUUGGAAAGCUGCCGCGGUCAUCCCCCUCUUCAAAGGGGGUGACACUCUAGAUCCAAACUGUUACAGAACUAUAUCCAUCCUGCCCUGCCUUUCGAAAGUAUUUGAAAGCCAAGUUAACAAACAGAUCACCGACCAUUUCGAAUCCCACCGUACCUUCUCCGCUAUGCAAUCCGGUUCCGAGCUGGUCAUGGGUGCACUUCAGCCACGCUCAAGGUCCUAAACGAUAUUAUAACCGUGAUCGAUAAUAGACAGUACUGUGCAGCCGUCUUCAUCGACCUGGCCAAGGCUUUCGACUCUGUCAACCACCGCAUUCUUAUUGGCAGACUAAAUAGCCUUGGUUUCUCAAAUGACUGCCUCGCCUGGUUCACCAACUACUUCUCAGAUAGAGUUCAAUGUGUCAAAUCGGAGGGCCUGUUGUCUGGACCUAUGGCAGUCUCUAUGGGGGUGCCACAGGGUUCAAUUAUUGGGCCGACUCUUUUCUCUGUGUAUAUCAGUGAUGUCGCUCUUGCUGCUGGUGACUCUCAGAUCCACCUCUACGCAGACGACACCAUUUUGUAUAUAUCUGGCCCUUCAUUGGACACUGUGUUAACAAACCUCCAAACGAGCUUCAAUGCCGUACAACACUCCUUCAGUAGCCUCCAACUGCUCUUAAACACUAGUAAAACUAAAUGCAUGCUCUUCAAUCUAACGCUGCUGGUACCCGUCCACCCGACUAGAAUCACUACUCUCGACAGGUCUGACCUAGAGUAUGUGGACAACUACAAAUAUCUAGGUGUCUGGUUAGACUGUAAACUCUCCUUCCAGACUCACAUUAAGCAUCUCCAAUCCAAAGUUAAAUCCAGAAUCGGCUUCCUAUUUCGCAACAAAGCCUCCUUCACUCAUGCUGCCAAACAUGCCCUCAUAAAACUGACUAUCCUACCGAUCCUUGACUUCGGCGAUGUCAUUUACAAAAUAGCCUCCAACACUCUACUCAACAAAUUGGAUGUAGUCUAUCACAGUGCCAUCCGUUUUGUCUCCAAAGCCCCAUACACUACCCACCACUGUGACCUGUACGCUCUUGUUGGCUGGUCCUCAUUACAUGUUCGUCGUCAAACCCACUGGCUCCAGGCCAUCUAUAAAUCACUGCUAGGCAAAUCCCCGCCUUAUCUUAGCUCAUUGGUCACCAUAGCAACACCCACCCGUAGUAUGCGCUCCAGCAGGUAUUUCUCACUGGUCAUCCCCAAAGCCAACACCUCCUUUGGCCGCCAUUCCUUCCAGUUCUCUGCUGCCAAUGACUGGAACGAAUUGCAAAAAUCUCUGAAGCUGGAGACUCUUAUCUCCCUCACUAACUUUAAGCAUCAGUUGUCAGAGCACCUUACUGAUCACUGCACCUGCACACAGCCCAUCUGAAAUUAGCCCACCCAACUAUCCCUAUAUUGUUAUUUAUUUUGCUCAUUUGCACCCCAGUAUCUCUAUUUGCACAUAAUCUCUUGCACAUCUAUCAUUCCAGUGUUAAUACUAAUUGUAAUUAUUUUGCACUAUAGCCUAUUUAUUGCCUUACCUCCAUAACUUGCUACAUUUGCACACACUAUAUAUAUUUUUUCUGUUGUAUUUUUUGACUUUAUGUUUUGUUUUACCCCAUAUGUAACUCUGUGUUGUUGUUUUUAUCGCACUGCUUUGCUUUAUCUUGGCCAGGUCGCAGUUGUAAAUGAGAACUUGUUCUCAACUGGCUUACCUGGUUAAAUAAAGGUGAAAUAAAAAAAUAAAUAAAAAAUCUCUGCAGGACUACACCAAUCAGGCCUUUAUGGUAGAGUGGCCAGACGGAAGUCAUUCCUCAGUAAAAGGCACAUGACAGCCCGCUUGGAGUUUGCCAAAAGUCACAUAAAGACUCUCAGACCAUGAGAAACAAGAUUCUCUGGUCUGGUGAAACCAAGAUUGAACACUUUGGCUUGAAUGCCAAGCGUCACGUCUGGAGGAAACCUGGCACCAUCCCUACGGUGAAGCAUGGUGGUGGCAGCAUCAUGCUGUGGGGAUGUUUUUCAGCGGCAGGGACUGGGAGACUAGUCAGGAUCGAGGCAAAGAUGAACGAAGCAAAGUACAGAGAUAUCCUUGAUGAAAUCCUGCUCCAGAGUGCUCAGGACCUCAGACUGGGGCGAAGGUUCACCUUCCAACAGGAGUGGCUUCGGGACAAGUCUCUGAAUGUCCUUGAGUGGCCCAGUCAGAGCCCGGACCUGAACCCGAUCGAACAUCUCUCGAGAGACCUGACAAUAGCUGUGCAGCAACACUCCCCAUCCAACCUGACAGAGCUUGAGAGGAUCUGCAGAGAAUAAUUGAUUUUUUAAAAUCAAUUUUAGAAUAAGGCUGUAAUGUAACAAAAUGUGGAAAAAGUCAAGGGGUCUGAAUACUUUAUAAUCAAACCGAAACCGAAACAACCUUUAAAAAACACUAAUUGCUCAGCACUAAUACAGCCAUUUAGCCACGACAUGACCUCCCAAUCCUUUCUAAGUACAUAAACACUACCCUGAGUGCUUUUUUGUUUGUGCUAUCAUGCCAACUCCUUGUCACUCAUUGUCAUGCCAAACAGUGUGGUCUCACGGCAAUCUCAACGUUUAAUAUACAGCCAGGCUACAUAAACACACACAGGCCCCUUUCUGUGAUUCUGAUUCCUGUCUGCUAGAUUUGGUCCUAUCUGGUCCUUAUUCUUCUCUCCUCUCCUACAGCGUCUUUCACGGAGGAGCAGCACCUGUGGUUCCUGGAGUUCUAUAAGAAGCUGUGUGUACUGGGCCUGCAGCAUGAAAACGGCCACUCGGACAACCAGGUCUACCCGCUGGAGCUGGAGAGCAAGUACGCCCUGGUGCGACACAAUUGCGCCUACAACUUCCCUGUGAGUGACCGCUGACCAACACACGCACACAUUUAUGCAUACAAACACACACACAGACGUUUGUGUCUAGAAUGGUCUCUGAAGUCUAGCAGCGUGUUUGAAGGAAUCAAGUCUGUAACUGUUCUGUCUGUCUGUCUAAUCUGUCUGUCUGCCUGCCUCUGUUUUUUAUAAAAAUGUCUUAAGUGUUGCAGCUACGUGUUGCAAACACCUUACAAGGUUGAAAAGCUUGAUGAACGUUGAACUUUCUGUCUGUAGAGGGGAAUAGUGUGCUUGAUAGUCAGUUAUUGCAUGCACCUUUACAGUAACAUUUACGUCAUUUAGCAGACGCUCUUAUCCAGAGCGACUUACAAAUUGGAUGUUGUCAUCCAGAGUUACAUGUAUUUGUUUUCCAAGUUAUAACACACAACAUUUUACAAACAGCAGGUUUUUAAUGGACCAAAGAGUUAGGACUGCUUUGUGUUUUCAUUUUUGGCAUGAACAUUUUUUUGCGAUACUGGUAUCGUCACAGCCCUAGUGUACAGUACUGUAUACCGUGCAUUCGGAAAGUAUUCAGACCCCUUGACUUUUUCCACAUUUUGUUACAUUACAGCCUUAUUCUAAAAUUGAUUAAAUUGUUUUUUCCCCCUCAUCAAUCUACACACAAUACCACAUAAUGACAAAGCAAAAACCGCUUUAUAGAAAUGUUUGCAAAUUUAUAAGAAACUGAAAUUUCACAUUUACAUAGGUAUUCAGACCCUUUACUCAGUACUUUGUUGAAGCUCCUUUGGCAGCGAUUACAGCAUUGAGUCUUCUUGGGUAUGAUGCUACAAGCUUGGCACACCUGUAUUUGGAGAGUUUCUCCCAUUCUUCUCUGCAGAUCCUCUCAAGCGCUGUCAGGUUGGAUGGGGAGGGUCACUGCACAGCUACAGUGAGGGGAAAAAAGUAUUUCAUCCCCUGUUGAUUUUGUACGUUUGCCCACUGACAAAGACAUGAUCAGUCUAUAAUUUUAGUGGUAGGUUUAUUUGAACAGUGAGAGACAGAAUAACAACAAAAAAACGCAUGUCAAAAAUGUUAUAAAUUGAUUUGCAUUUUAAUGACGGAAAUAAGUAUUUGAACCCCUCUGCAAAACAUGACUUCUUGGUGGCAAAACCCUUGUUGGCAAUCACAGAGGUCAGACGUUUCUUGUAGUUGGCCACCAGGUUUGCACACAUCUCAGGAGGGAUUUUGUCCCAUUCCUCUUUGCAGAUCUUCUCCAAGUCAUUAAGGUUUCAAGGCUGACGUUUGGCAACUCGAACCUUCAGCUCCCUCCACAGAUUUUCUAUGGUAUUAAGGUCUGGAGACUGGCUAGGCCACUCCAGGACCUUAAUGUGCUUCUUCUUGAGCCACUCCUUUGUUGCCUUGGCCUUGUGUUUUGGGUCAUUGUCAUGCUGGAAUACCCAUCCACGACCCAUUUUCAAUGCCCUGGCUGAGGGAAGGAGGUUCUCACCCAAGAUUUGACGGUACAUGGCCCCGUCCAUCGUCCCUUUGAUGCGGUGAAGUUGUCCUGUCCCCUUAGCAGAAAAACACCCACAAAGCAUAAUGUUUCCACCUCCAUGUUUGACGGUGGGGAUGGUGUUCUUGGGGUCAUAGGCAGCAUUCCUCCUCCUUCAAACACGGCGAGUUGAGUUGAUGCCAAAGAGCUCGAUUUUGGUCUCAUCUGACCACAACACUUUCACCCAGUUCUCCUCUGAAUCAUUCAGAUGUUCAUUGGCAAACUUCAGACGGGCCUGUAUAUGUGCUUUCUUGAGCAGGGGGACCUUGCGGGCACUGCAGGAUUUCAGUCCUUCACGGCGUAGUGUGUUACCAAUUGUUUUCUUAGUGACUAUGGUCCCAGCUGCCUUGAGAUCAUUGACAAGAUCCUCCCGUGUAGUUCUGGGCUGAUUCCUCACCGUUCUCAUGAUCAUUGCAACUCCACGAGGUGAGAUCUUGCAUGGAGCCCCAGGCCGAGGGAGAUUGACAGUUAUUUUGUGUUUCUUCCAUUUGCGAAUAAUCGCACCAACUGUUGUUACCUUCUCACCAAGCUGCUUGGCGAUGGUCUUGUAGCCCAUUCCAGCCUUGUGUAGGUCUACAAUCUUGUCCCUGACAUCCUUGGAGAGCUCUUUGGUCUUGGCCAUGGUGGAGAGUUUGGAAUCUGAUUGAUUGAUAGCUUCUGUGGACAGGUGUCUUUUAUACAGGUAACAAGCUGAGAUUAGGAGCACUCCCUUUAAGAGUGUGCUCCUAAUCUCAGCUCGUUACCUGUAUAAAAGACACCUGGGAGCCAAAAUCUUUCUGAUUGAGAGGGGGUCAAAUACUUAUUUCCCUCAUCAAAAUGCAAAUCAAUUUAUAACAUUUUUGACAUGCGUUUUUCUGGAUUUUUGUUGUUGUUAUUCUGUCUCUCACUGUUCAAAUAAACCUACCAUUAAAAUUAUAGACUGAUCAUUUCUUUGUCAGUGGGCAAAUGUACAAAAUCAGCAGGGGAUCAAAUACUUUUUUCCCUCACUGUAUUUUCAGGUCUCUCCAGAGAUGUUCGAUUUUGUUCAAGUCUUGGCUCUGGCUGGGCCACUCAAGGACAUUCAGAGACUUGUCCCGAAGCCACUCCUGCGUUGUCUUGGCUGUGUGCUUAGGAUCGUUGUCCUGUUGGAAGGUGAACCUUUGCCCCAGUCUGAGGUCCUGAGCGUUCUGGAGCAGGUUUUCAUCAAGGAUCUCUCUGUACUUCAUUCCCUUUGUCCUGACUAGUCUCCCAGUCCCUGCCGCUGAAAAAACAUCACCACAGCAUGGUGCUGCCACCAACUUGCUUCACUGUAGGGAUGGUGCCAGGUUUCUUCCAGACGUGAUGCUUGGCAUUCAGGCCAAAGAGUUCAAUCAUGGUUUCAUCAGACCAGAGAAUCUUGUUUCUCAUGGUCUGAGAGUCUUUAGGUGCCUUUUGGCAAACUCCAAGUGGGCUGUCAUGUGCCUUUUACUGAGGAGUGGCUUCCGUUUGGCCACUCAACCAUAAAGGCCUGAUUGGUGGAGUGUUGCAGAGAUGGUUGUCCUUCUGGAAGGUUCGCCCAUCUCCACAGAGGAACUCUGGAGCUCUGACAGAAUGACCAUCGGGUUCUUGGUCACCUACCUGACCAAGGCCCUUCUCCCCCGAUUGCUCACUUUGGCCGGGCGGCCAGCUCUAGGAAGAGUCUUGGUGAUUCCAAACUUCUUCCAUUUAAGAAUGUUGGAGGCCACUGUGUUCUUGGGGACCUGCAAUGCUGCUGAAAUGUUUUGGUACCCUUCCCCAUAGCUGUGCCUCGACACAAUCCUGUCUCGGAGCUCUACGGACAAUUCUUUCGACCUCAUGGCUUGGUUUUUGUUCUGACAUGCACUGUCAACUGUGGGACCUGAUAUAGAACGGUGUGUGCCUUUCCAAAUAAUGUCCAAUAAAUUGAAUUUACCACAGGUGGACUCCAGUCAAGUUGUAGAAACAUCUCAAGGAUGAUCAAUGGAAACAGGAUGCACCUGAGCUCAAUGUUGAGUCUCAUAGCAAAGGGUCUGCAUACUUAUGUAUAUAAGGUAUUUCUGUUUUUUACUUUUUUAUACAUUUGCAAACAUUUCUAACAACCUGUUUUCAUUUUGUCAUUAUGGGGUAUUGUGUGUAGAUUAAUGAGGAAAAGUAUUUAUUUAAUCCAUUUUAGAAUAAGGCUGUAACGUAACAACAUUUGGAAAAGGUCAAGGGGUCUGAAUACUUUCCGAAUGCACUGUACCUGCACGUGUGGGUGUUUUCAUGAGUCAGGCACAUGUGUUUUUUUACCGCAAGGAUCCACCCCCUGACAUGAUAGUGUAUCUGCAUACUCUGUCAGCACGCGGAAGUUAAAAGGUUUUCCCAAUGUCAUGGGGCUUUAGAGAGUGACACAAACACACACACACGCAUAUCAUUAUUACCAUCGUCACACACUCAUACACACACACAGCCCAUGUAAUGGGGUCAGGAGGGUAGAGGAGACGCCUUUAAAAAUAGGCCUGAUGAGAGGCCUUGUCCACAGCUCUUUUGUUCCCACAGGCAGGGAGGGUCUCCUCCCCUGGUCCAGCUAGGUGUCUCUGCAUCCCAAAUAGCACCCUAUUCCCUACAUGGUCCACUACUUUUGACCAGGGCCCAUAGCUCUGGUCAAAAGUAGUGCACUAUGUAGGGAAUAGGGUGCCAAUUGGUAUGCAGCCUAGGUGUGCCUGCUUCACUCAAGCCCUCAAUAAUGUAUCAGUUGGUACUAACUGUGGUGCAGUUCAGGGUCAUGGUUAUUCGGUCACACCGUAGCAAAACGUUUUGCAACAGAAUAUGAAAACGAAGGCCUCCCGAGUGGCGCAGCGGUCUAAGGCACUGCAUCGCAGUGUUGCGGCGUCAAUACAGCCUGGGGUUCCAUCCCAGGCUGUGUCAUUACCGGCCGUGACCGGAAGUCCCAUAGGGCGGCGCACAAUUGGUCCAGCGUCGUCCGGGUUAGGGGAGGGUUUGACCGGGGGGUUUUUACUUGGCUCAUCGUGAUCUAGCGACUCCUUGCGCGGGCCGGGCGCCUGCAAGCUGACUUCAAUCAUCAGUUGAACUGUGUUUCCUCCGACACAUUGGUGCAGCUGGCUUCCGGGUUAAGCGAGCGGGUGUUAAGAAGCGCGGUUUGGCGGGUUAUGUUUUGGAGGACGCAUGACUCGACCUUCGCCUCUCCCGAACCCGUUGGGGAGUUGCAGCGAUGAGACAAGAUCAUAAUCACGAAAUUGGGGAGAAAAAGGGGGUAAAAAUUACAACAACAAAAAAACAUAUAAUAAUAAUUUGAAAACGAGUGCUUUUUAUUAAACAAGUUUAGUAAGUACCUCCCCAUUUCCUUCCGUUUGGUGGCCAAUGAACUCGACCCAUUUCUCUGCAGAGUUAAACCUUGCCAACUGUCUCAAAAGAGAAGGCAAGCAUCAGGGAAACUGUCACAAAGUUCAUUGCAUUUUAGUGUCUGUUCAGCAUUUUAGUAUGGAAUUGUUUUAAUUCAAGUGUUGAAUUAAAGUGUUGUUCACACACUGUACAAGACUUAUUGCUCUGAGUACUUGCAGAUAAUAACUUUAUAUUCAAAAUAGAAACUACAGCACAAUGGCAUUCUUGUAUGUUCCACAAAGUUUCUGAUGAAUCUUAGUAAAUAAAAAGAAUUGGGCUAUAGAAUGCCAUUUUGAACAAGUUAUCACUCUGUGACAUCACUUUUUCUUCAGGCCAUGGUGUUAUUCGCUGACCCCAACCACUUCCUGACGGAGCUUUACCCCACCUUCUCCAGUCUGUGUCAUGACCCCGAGAUCACGGUGCGACGCACAGUGGCCGAGGGCUUCCACGAGGUAUGGUGGCUGCUGUUUGGACACUGGCUAAUUCUGUUCUGUCAAUAAAAUACAUAAAGGAUGUCCAUAGUCCAUAACUCUGAUAGGCUGCCAAUGUGAUUUGUGUCAUUACACGAAUAGAGUGCCUUUUGGGUAGAGUAAUUUUGUCAAAAACUAACUAUUUAAGUGACAGGGUUGACCGUAACAGGGUUGAUGAUUUAAUCUUAAAUCAGCCAUAACUCCCCUUGUGACAGGGGGAAUGGGAGCGUGUUAUGUGCAACAGAGAGGGGCUAUUGAAUGUACAGUGGGUAUCAUAAGUAUUCUCCCCCCCUUGGAUAUUUUCACAAUUUGUUGCGUUACAAAGUGGGAUUGAAAUAGAUUUAAUUGAGAUUUUUUUUGUCAUUGAUCUACACAAAAUAAUUCAUAAUGUCAAAGUAAAAUAAAAUAACAAAUAAUAAUCUUCAUUAAUAACAAUUUAAUAACUAAGAUAUAGACGUCACAUAAGUAUUCAACCUCUUUCUUUAGGCAAGCCUAAAUUAGUUCAGGAGUAAAAUUUGGCUUAACAAAUCACACUAAGUUACAUGGACUCACACAAUUGUCCUUCUGAACUGAGCUGCAGGACAGGAAGGAAACUGCUCAGGGUCCCACGGUUGACAGUGCAUGUCAGAGCAAAAAGCAAGCCAUGAGGUCGAAGGAAUUGUCCGUAGAGCUCCGAGACAUGAUUGUGUCGAGGCACAGAUCUGCAGCAUUGAAGUUCCUCUGUGGAGAUGGGAGAACCUUCCAGAAGGACAACCAUCUCUGCAGCACUCCACCAAUCAGGCCUUUAUGGUAGAGUGGCCAGAUGGAAGCCAAUCCUCAGUAAAAGCCACAUGACCGCCUGCUUGGAGUUUGCCAAAAGGCACCUAAAGGACUCUCAAACCAUGAGAAACAAGAUUCUCUGGUCUGAUGAAACCAAGAUUGAACUCUUUGACUGAAUGCCAAGUGUCACAUAUGGAGGAAACCUGGCACCAUCCUUGAUGAAAACCUGCUCCAGAGCAGUCAGGACCUCAGACUGGGGCGACGGUUCAUCUUCCAACAGGACAACGACAACUAAGCACACAGCCAAGACAACGCAGGAGUGGCUUCGGGACAAGUCUCUGAUUGUCCUUGAGUGGCCCAGCCAGAGCCCAAACUUGAACAUGAUCGAACAUCUCUGAAAAUGACCUGAAAAUAGCUGUGCAGUGACGCUCCCAUCCAACUUGACAGAGCUUGAGAGGAUCUGCAAAGAAGAAUGGGAGAAACUCCCCAAAUACAGAUGUGCCAAGCGUCAUACCCAAGAAGACUCAAGGCUGUAAUCGCUGCCAAAGGUGCUUCAACAAAGUACAGAUUAAAGGGUCUGAAUACUUAUGUAAAUGUGGUAUUUCCGUUUUUUAUAAAAUUUGCAAAAAUUUCUAAAAACCUGUUUUUGCUUUGUCAUUAUGGGGUGUUGUGUGUAGAUUGAUGAGGGGGGAAACAAUUGAAUCCAUUUUAGAAAUGAGGCUGUAACGUAACAAAAUGUGGGAAAAGUCAAGGGGUCUGAAUAGUUUCUGAGUGCACUGUAAUUACCUAAAUGACAGAGUGAAAAGAAGACUACAAAUAUACAGAAUAAGUAUAUUCCAAAACAUGCAUCCUGUAUGCAACAAAGCACUAAAGUAAUACUGCAAAAAAAAAACACAUCAAAGGAAUACACUUUUUGGCCUAAAGUCAAAACCUUAUGUUUGGGGCAAAUCCAACACAACACAUCACUGAGUUAACUGCCUCCUUAUUUUCAAGCAUGGUGGUGGCUGCAUCAUGGUAUGAAUAUGCUUGAUAUCGGCAAAGACUUGGGAGUUUUUCAGAAUAAAAAGAAACAGGAUGGAGCUAAGCACAGGCAAAAUCAAAGAGGAAAACCAGCUUCAGUCUUCUUUACACCAGACACUGGGAGAGGAAUUCACCUUUCAGAAGGACAAUAACCUACAACACAAGACCAAAUCACUGGAGUUGCUUACCAAGAAGACAGUGAAUGUUUCUGAGUGGCUAAGUUACAGUUUUGACUUAAAUCUGCUUGAAAAUCUAUGGCAAGACUUGAAAAUUGCUGUCUAUCGAUGAUCCCCAACAACUUGACAAAGCUUGAAGAAUUCUGAAUAUUGCAAAUUCCAGGUGUGCAAAGCUCUUCGAGACUUACCUAAUAAGACUCACAGCUGUAAUCGCUGCCAAAGGUGUUUCUAACAUGUAUUGACUCAGCUGGGUGAAUACUUACAGUUGAAGUCGGAAGUUUACAUACACUUAGGUUGUAGUCAUUAAAACUUGUUUUUCAACCACUCCAGAAAUGUCUUGUUAACAAACUAUAGUUUUGGCAAGUCGGUUAGGACAUCUACUUUGUGCAUGACACAAGUCAUUUUUCCAACAAUUGUUCACAGACAGAUUAUUUCACUUAUAAUUCACUGUAUCACAAUUCCAGUGGGUCUGAAGUUUACAUACACUAAGUUGACUGUGCCUUUAAACAGCUUGGAAAAUUCCAGAAAAUUAUGUCAUUGCUUUAGAAGCUUCUGAUAGGCUAAUUGACAUCAUUUGAGUCAAUUGGAGGUGUACCUGUGGAUGUAUUUCAAGGCCUACCUUCAAACUCAGUGCCUCUUUGCUUGACAUCAUGGGAAAAUCAAAAGAAAUCAGCCAAGACCUCAGAAAGAAAAUUGUAGACCUCCACAAGGCUAGUUCAUCCUUGGAAGCAAUUUCCAAAUGCCUGAAGGUACCACGUUCAUCUGUACAAACAAUAGUACGCAAGUAUAAACACCAUGGGAUGACGCAGUCGUCAUACGGCUGGGUCUUCCAAAUGGACAAUGACCCCAAGCAUACUUCCAAAGUUGUGGCAAAAUGGCUUAAGAACAACAAAGUCAAGGUAUUGGAGUGGCCAUCACAAAGCCCUGACCUCAAUCCUUUAGAAAAUGUGUGGGCAGAACUGAAAAGGCGUGUGCGAGCCAGGAGGCCUACAAACCUGACACAGUUAUCUAGCUCUUAUUGUGGGAAGCUUGUGGAAGGCUACCCCCAAGGCAAUGCUACCUGUAUGUAAACUUCUGACCCACUGGGAAUGUGAUGAAAGAAAUAAAAGCUGAAAUAAAUCAUUCUCUCUUUAUUAUUCUGACAUUUCACAUUCUUAAAAUAAAGUGGUGAUCCUAACUGACCUAAAACAGGGAAUUUUUACUAGGAUUAAAUGUCAGGAAUUGUGAAAAACUGAGUUUAAAUGUAUUUGGCUAAGGUGUAUGUAAACUUCCGACUUCAACUGUAUCUAAUCAAGGUACUGUAUAUCAGUGUUUUAUUUUAUAUUAAUCUGUAAAAAAAAUAUAUAUAUAUAAUUUUUCUUACACUUUCACAUUACAGAAUAUUUUGUGUAGAUUGCUGACAAAAAAUUACAAUUAAAUCCAUUUUAAUAUCACUUUGUAACACAAUAAAAUGUGAAGAAAUCCAAGGGGGAUGAAUACUUAUAAUACCCACUGUAAGCUUAAAAAAAGAAGAAGUGUUAUCUAGCCUAUCUAUCUAUGGGUAACAGGGUUGGCGUGUUACGCUCAACGUGCUCAGUUUUCCAACACAAAAUACCUGAAAAUUGUCAAAAAGAGUAGGACCAGCUCACCUGCUUUUACGCUAUGAUUUCACUAUAAGAUGUUCAAUUAAGUGUUUGACUGUUUUUCUGCUGGCAGUGUUAACAAUGCAUAAGGUGAAAACGUAAAAAAUAUUUAAGGCAUGUGUAGAAAAGUUUAAAAGCCUUUGUGUCUUAGCCAAUGCAUGGCAAGAAGAAAAAUACCCACGAAUGCCUUGGGGCUGAACAAAUAUACCCACUUUGAUAACAUGUUUCUUGAGUUAUAUUAGCUACAAAUGUUAUAUGUAUUUCCCAGAUCCUGAUCCAAAAGCCAUUUCUGUGUGCUAAAUUUCAGAACAAUUCAAAACGUGAUAGAUCACACUGACACAACACGAUGGAGUUUGACAGCCUGAAUUCCAAUUCCAUGUAGUCUGAAUCGAUUAGUCUAAUUGCCUGAAAUAGAAAUGGAUUUGACCUCAAAAUCUAGUUUUGUAUGCCAACACAUAACGUCACAAAUUUCUCUUAUUUUCUCCUCUUCUCUUCUUUUCUCCUCUUCUCUUCUCCUCCCUCUCUUCUUUCCUAUGAUUGCUCAGGUUGUCAAGCUGUUGGGCCCCAAUGUCCACUUCAUUCACAAGGAGCUGGUUGUGUUACUGCAGGACGACUCACUUGAGGUGAGACACGCAGAAGACUCACUUUUACAACAAACACUUUAUGUUUGAAAAAUUUAGUAAACUAGAAAAGUGCUUGCUAGCUUGUCUUAAAGUAUUUAUGGUUGUGAAAUAAGUUAUAGUAUUGGUAGUGACUGCAGUAGUAAUGGUAGUGACUGGUUAUAGUGGGAAAAGUAGGUACAUGGAAAGAUUGAUUGAUAGAUAGAUGCAUAGCAUAGGAUAGGAUAGGAUAGGAUAGCCUGAACGUGAAAUUUGAUUUGGUAUCUAGAUUGAACGGUUCAAGAGAUACUAUUAUUGUUGGUGGGUUAUUAUAUGCUAAUUUAUGAUCAAACAAAUAAUGUUAACGGAGCUACGUAAUUUACACUAGAGUGGAUUUGAAGUUGGUUCAAUGUUUGUAGCUCAAAGUGUCUAGAAACCCAUUGAAAGUCAUUGGAACCUAAGUUCAUUUAUGCAAAUGUAUGCAAACCUAAAUAUUACUUUAAGUUAAUAGUUAUGAAUCUGUAAAGUGUUUCUACCAUCCUGAAGUUGGUUUGGUGUUUCUUUCUUGAAUGGUUAGAAAGCAGUAUUUUGAAUAUCUACCUCUCAUGGUCGCCAUUGAGUCCCAUGUUGAUUAUGCACAUUUAAAACCAUUAUCAAAUCAAAUCAAAUGUUAUUGGUCACAUACACAUUUCUAGCAUAUGUUAUUGCGGGUGUAGCGAAAUGCUUGUGUUCCUAGCUCCAUCAGUGCAGUAAUAUCUAACAAUUCACAACAAUACAUACACAUCUAAAAGUAAAAUAAUGGAAUUAAGAAAUGUAUAAAUAUUAGGAUGAGCAAUGUCUAUGUAUAUAGGGCAGAAGACUUUAAGGUGCAGGGUUGAGUAACCGGGUGGUAGCCGGCUAGUGAUGGCUAUUUAACAGUCUGAUGACCUUGAGAUAGAAGCUGUUUUUCAGCUCAGUCCCAGCUUUGAUGCACCUGUACUGACCACGCCUUCUGGAUGGUAGCGGGAUGAACAGGCCGUGGCUCGGGUGGUUGAUGUCCUUGAUGAUCUUUUUGGCCUUCCUGUGACAUCGGGUGCUGUAGGUGUCCUGGAGGGCAGGCAGUGUGCCCCCAUUGAUGCAUUGGACAGACCGCACCACCCUCUGGAGAGCCCUGCGGUUGAGGGCGGUGCAGUUGACGUACCAGGCGGUGAUACAGCCCAACAGGAUGCUCUCAAUUGUGCAUCUGUAAAAGUUUGUGAGGGUCUUAGGGGCCAAGCCGAAUUUCUUCAGCCAUUUCAGAUUGUCAGUGAUGUGUACGCCAAGGAACUUGAAUCUUUUCACCUUCUCCACUGCGGUCCCGUCGAUGUGGAUAGGGGCAUGCUCCCUCUGCUGUUUCCUGAAGUCCACGAUCAGCUCCUUCGUUUUGUUGACGUUGAGGGAGAGGUUAUUUUCCUGGCACCACUCCGCCAGGACCCUCACCUCCUCCCUGUAGGCUGUCUCGUCAUUGUUGGUAAUCAGGCCUACUAAUGUUGUGUCGUCUGUAAACUUGAUGAUUGAGUUGGAGGCAUGCGUGGCCACGCAGUCAUGGGAGAACAGGGAGUACAGGAGGGGGCUGAGCACGCUGUGUUGAGGAUCAGCGAAGUGGAGGUGUUGUUUCCUACCUUCACCACCUGGAGGCGCCCAUCAGGAAGUCCAGGACCCAGUUGCACAGAGUGGGGUUCAGACCCAGGGCCCCAAGCUUAAUGAUGAGCUUGGAGGGUACUAUGGUGUUGAAGGCUGAGCUAUAGUCAAUGAACAGCAUUCUUCCUCUUGUCCAGAUGGGAUAGGGCAGUGUGCAGUGCGAUGGUGAUUGCAUCGUCUGUGGAUCUAUUGGGGCGGUAUACAAAUUGAAGUGGGUCUAGGGUGUAAAGUAGAGGUGAUAUGAUCCUUAACUAGCCUCUCAAAGCACUUCAUGAUGACAGAAGUGAGUGCUACAGGGCGAUAGUCUUUUAGGUCAGUUACCUUUGCUUUUUUGGGUACAGGAACAAUGAACAUCUUGAAGCAAGUGGGGACAGCAGACUGGGAUAGGGAGAGAUUGAAUAUGUCCGUAAACACUCCAGCCAGCUGGUCUGCGCAUGCUCUGAGGACGCGACUAGGGAUGCCGUCUGGGCCGGCAGCCUUGCGAGGGUUAACACGCUUAAAUGUCUGAGAAGGAGAGCCCACAGUCCUUGGUAGCGGGCCGCGUCGGUGGCACUGUGUUUUCCUCAAAGUGGACGAAGAAGGUGUUUAGCUUGUCCGGGAGCAAGACAUCUGUGUCUGCGACGUGGCUGGUAUUCCCUUUGUAAUCCAUGAUUGUCUGUAGACCCUGCCACAUACGUCUCGUGUCUGAGCCGUUGAAUUGCGACACCGCUUUGUCUCUGUACUGACGUUUUGCCUGUUUGAUUGCCUUACGGAGGGAAUAACUACACUGUUUUUAUUCAACCAUAUUCCCAGUCACCUUGCCAUGGUUAAAUGCGGUGGUUUGCGCUUUCAGUUUUGCGCGAAUGCUGUCAUCUAUCCACGGUUUUUGGUUUGGGUAGGUUUUAAUAGUCAGUGGGAACAACAUCCCCUAUACACUUCCUGAUUAACUUAGUCACCGUGUCUGUGUAUACGUCAAUGUUAUUCUCAGAGGCUACCCGGAACAUAUCCCAGUCCACGUGAUCAAAACAAUCUUGAAGCAUGGAUUCCGAUUGGUCAGACCAGCGUUGAAUAGACCUUAGCACAGGUACUUCCUGUUUGAGUUUCUGCCUAUAGGAAGGGAGGAGCAAAAUGGAGUUGUGAUCUCAUUUGCCGAAUGGAGCGCGAGGGAGGGCCUUGUAGGCAUCCCGGAAGGGGGAGUAGCAGUGGUCGACCUUUUUUGCAGUGCGAGUACUACAGUAAAUGUGUUGAUAGAACUUCGGUAGCGUUUUCCUCAAAUUUGCUUUGUUAAAAUCCCCAGCUACAAUAAAUGCGGCCUCAGGAUAUGUGGUUUUCAGUUUGCACAAAGUCCAGUGUAGUUCCUUGAGGGCCGUUGUGGUAUCGGCUUGAGGUGCAAUAUAUACGGCUGUGACUAUAACCGAAGAGAAGUCUCUUGGGAGGUAAUACGGUCGGCAUUUGAUUGUGAGGUAUUCUAGGUCGGGUGAACAAAAGGACUUGAGUUGUUGUACGUUAUCACAAUCACACUAUGAGCAGUUAGUCAUGAAACAUACACCACCGUCUUUUUUCUUCCCGGAGAGAUCUUUAUUCCUGUCUGCGCAAUGUACUGAGAACCCAGCUGGCUGUAUGGACGGAGACAGUAGAUCCGGAGAGAGAGCCAUGAUUCCGUGAAACAGAGUAUGUUACAGUCCCUGAUGUCUCUCUGGAAGGAGAUCCUCGCCCUGAGCGCGUCUACUUUAAUGUCCAAGACUGAACAUUAGCGAGUAAUAUUCUCGGAAGCGGUGGAUGAUGUGUACGCCUCUUGAGUCGGACUAGAAGUCCACUCCGAAUACCUCUUCUCCGCCGGCGGCGUCUUGGAGCAGCAUCUGGGAUAAGUUCAAUUGCUCUGGGGGUACGAACAAAGGACCCAAUUCGGGAAAGUCGUAUUCCUGGUCAUAAUGCUGGUGAGUUACUGCCGCUCUGAUAUCCAAAAGUUAUUUCCGGCUGUAUGUAAUAACACAAAAAACGUUCUGGGCUAAUAAUGUAAGAAAUAACAAACAAAAAAACAAAAUACUGCAAAGUUGCUUAGGAGCUAGAAGCAGAGCUGCCAUGUCUGUCGGCACCAUCUUGUUUGUUAUGUAAGAGUGCUAGAGCAAGCACACUAAAUAGUGUUACGGUCAGUGUCGAUCUCCAGGUAUGUAUGGGCUACUUGCACAAGCUAGCUCAAUUUAACCUUCUCUAAGUACAACCCCCCUUGGUUACUGUUGCAACCUCGGACAACAUUUUCCCAGGAAGCCCAAUUCCCCAUUCAAGCACUGGCAAAAUUCCCUCACAAUGAUCUCAAACUGUGUUUCCAAUACACAAUGAAAUUAAACACAGACUACCACUCACUUGUGAGGAAACUCUUGGAUAUGUUGUGGACUGUCAUUACAAUUGUUUCACGGGAACCUGGUAAAAUGAUGUUUGUAGUGUAGAUAGCCACUAAAUGGCUCUGAAUUCACUGUCAGCAUGCAGUCAGAGCUAUUCCCACUUUUGGAGCCAACUAGUGCUCUCAAAUCGUAUCCUGAUGUCGACAGCAGAUUGGGCGUUGUAUUCAUAACAUUGCUAACUUAGCUAGCUAACAUACAUUUUGAGAAAACUAUUUAUAUUAAGUGGCUAGCUAGCUAGUCUUAGCAACAAUUGGUGACCAGUGAGACUGAGAGCUAGCUAACCAGCUGAGCUAGCAAACAAUGUAACAAAAGUAUAAUUUCAGAUUAGAAAAAUACUCCAUCAACAGGCUCUGCAUUUCAUUAAUCACAGUAGCAAGUAUUCCUGGUGCACUGUUCAAUUAUUUAGCCAUUUAAACAUAACUAUUUUGAAGAAAACUCUCAGUUUUUGCCAAAGCCCUCAUUGGCUUUCAUGCAAUUUAAACGUGAGGUUGUUUGAGGUGUCGGACUCGACGACAGUUUCUAUCCAUUGGAGGCCUGCAAUUGGUUGCCCAAAAUUAUGGUGCGGGGCUUAGCGAAGGGUCAAUUAGCCAUGAUCGCCAUUGUCAUCAGCAUCACCAUCAUCAGCACUUGGAUUAUUUACUGUUUGAUAAUUUAGUGAAUUAUUCCCUUUGUUAAAUCUGUGUUUAUCAAUGUCAAUUGGUGGUAAAUACUGCAAUGUGUUCCCUCCUCUGAGACAACUGGCUUAGUGAUGCACUCAGUUUGUUACUUCAUUACACUGAUGCACAUUCAAUUUAUUAGGGUAUUAUCUUAGAAUUCAGAACCAAAUCAACAAGGCAGAAUUCAUCUCAGCCUAUGCUACCCUCCAGUCCCUCGACUUCUUGGCGCUGACGGAAACAUGGAUUACCACUGAAAACACUGCUACUCCUACUGCUCUCUCCUCGUCUGACCAUGUGUUCUCGCAUACCCCGAGAGCAUCUGGUCAGCGGGGUGGUGGCACAAGAAUCCUCAUCUCUCCCAAGUGGACAUUCUCUCUUUUUCCCCUGACCCAUCUGUCUAUCUCCUCAUUUCAAUUCCAUGCUGUCACAGUCACUAGCCCAUUCAAGCUUAACAUCCUUGUCAUUUAUCGCCCUCCAGGUUCCCUUGGAGAGUUCAUCAAUGAGCUUGACGCCUUGAUAAGUUCCUUUCCUGAGGAUGGCUCACCCCUCACAGUUCUGGGUGACUUCAACCUCCCUACGUCUACCUUUGACUCAUUUCUCUCUGCCUCCUUCUUUCCACUCCUCUCCUCUUUUGACCUCACCCUCUCACCGUCCCCCCCUACUCACAAGGCAGGCAAUACGCUUGACCUCAUCUUUACUAGAUGCUGUUCUUCUACUAAUCUCACUGCAACUCCCCUCCAAGUCUCCGACCACUACUUUGUAUCCUUUUCUCUCUCGCUCUCCUCCAACACUACUCACUCUGCCCCUACUCAGAUGGUAAUGCGCCGUCGCAACCUUCGCUCUCUCUCUCCCGGUACUCUCUCCUCUUCCAUCCUAUCAUCUCUUCCCUCUGCUCAAACCUUCUCCCUCCAAUCUCCUGAUUCUGCCUCCUCAACCCUCCUCUCCUCCCUUUCUGCAUCCUUUGACUCUCUAUGUCCCCUAUCCUCCCGGCCCGGCUCGGUCCUCCCCUCCUGCUCCGUGGCUUGAUGACUCAUUGCGAGCUCACAGAACAGGGCUCCGGGCAGCCGAGCGGAAAUGGAGGAAAACUAGACUCCCUGCGGACCUGGCAUAUUUUCACUCCCUCCUCUCUACAUUUUCUUCAUCUGUUUCUGCUGCUAAAGCCACUUUCUACCACUCUAAAUUCCAAGCAUCUGCCUCUAACCCUAGGAAGCUCUUUGCUGGUCCUGCGCACACUGCCCUACCCUAUGCUUUGACGUCUUUCUCCCCUCUUUCUCCAGAUGAAAUCUUGCGACUUGUGACGGCCGGCCGCCCAACAACCUGCCCGCUUGACCCUAUCCCCUCCUCUCUUCUCCAGACCAUCUCCGGUGACCUUCUCCCUUACCUCACCUCGCUCAUCAACUCAUCCUUGACCGCUGGCUAUGUCCCUUCCGUCUUCAAGAGAGCGAGAGUUGCACCCCUUCUCAAAAAACCUACACUCGAUCCCUCCAAUGUCAACAACUGCAGACCAGUAUCCCUUCUUUCUUUUCUCUCCAAAACUCUUGAGCGCGCCGUCUUUAGCCAACUCUCUUGCUAUCUCUCUCAGAAUGACCUUCUUGAUCAAAACCAGUCAGGUUUCAAGACUGGUCAUUCAACUGAGACUGCUCUUCUCUGUGUCACGGAGGCUCUCCGCACUGCUAAAGCUAACUCUCUCUCCUCUGCUCUUGUCCUUCUAGACCUGUCUGCUGCCUUUGAUACUGUGAACCAUCAGAUCCUCCUCUCCACCCUCUCCGAGUUUGGCAUCUCCGGCGCGGCUCACUCUUGGAUUGCGUCCUACCUGACCGGUCGCUCCUACCAAGUGGCGUGGCGAGAAUCUGUCUCCGCACCACGUGCUCUCACCACUGGUGUCCCCCAGGGCUCAGUUCUAGGCCCUCUCCUUUUCUCCCUAUACACCAAGUCACUUGGCUCUGUCAUAUCCUCACAUGGCCUCUCCUAUCAUUGCUACGCAGACGACACACAAUUAAUCUUCUCCUUUCCCCCUUCUGAUAACCAGUUGGCGAAUCGCAUUUCUGUCUGGCAGACAUAUCAGUGUGGAUGACAGAUCACCACCUCAAGCUGAACCUCGGCAAGACGGAGCUGCUCUUCCUCCCGGGGAAGGACUGCCCGUUCCAUGAUCUCGCCAUCACGGUUGACAACUCCGUUGUGUCCUCCUCCCAGAGUGCGAAGAGCCUUGGCGUGACCCUGGACAACACCCUGUCGUUCUCCGCUAACAUCAAGGCGGUGACACGAUCCUGUAGGUUCAUGCUCUACAACAUUCGGAGAGGACGACCCUGCCUUACACAGGAAGCGGCACAGGUCCUAAUCCAGGCACUUGUCAUCUCCCGUCUGGAUUACUGCAACUCGCUGUUGGCUGGGCUCCCUGCCUGUGCCAUUAAACCCCUACAAUUCAUCCAGAAUGCCGCAGCCCGUCUGGUGUUCAACCUUCCCAAGUUCUCUCACGUCACCCCGCUCCUCCGCACACUCCACUGGCUUCCAGUUGAAGCUCGAAUCUGCUACAAGACCAUGGUGCUUGCCUACGGAGCUGUGAGGGGAACGGCACCUCCGUACCUUCAGGCUCUGAUCAGUCCCUACACCCAAACGAGGGCAUUGCGUUCAUCCACCUCUGGCCUGCUGGCCCCCCUACCUCUGCGGAAGCACAGUUCCCGCUCAGCCCAGUCAAAACUGUUCGCUGCUCUGGCACCCCAAUGGUGGAACAAGCUCCCUCACGACGCCAGGACAGCGGAGUCACUCACCACCUUCCGGAGACACUUGAAACCCCACCUCUUUAAGGAAUACCUGGGAGAGGAUAAAGUAAUCCUUCUACCCCCCCUUACCCCACCCCAAAGAAAAAAAGAAAAAAGAAAUAUUGUAAAGUGGUUAUCCCACUGGCUAUAAGGUGAAUGCACCAAUUUGUAUGUCGCUCUGGAUAAGAGCGUCUGCUAAAUGACGUAAAUGGAAAUGGAAAAUGGAAAAUCUCAUGUGCGCUAGCCAGUUACAGUGCCUAGUGAAAGUCUACACACCCCUUGCACAGUUUUCACUAUCUACACAACCUUCUCUACAUUUUCGAAGUGAAAGAAACAUCAUUUAGAACAUUUUCUCCAUUAAUUAAAAAUAACAAACGAAGAUGUCUUGAUUGCAUAUGUCUUCACACCCCAGAGUGAAUACUUGGCAGCAAUUACAGGUGUGAAUCAUUUUUAAUAAGAUUCUACCAACUUUGCACAACUCUUAGGGCAACAUACAUCCAUUGUUUUUGUCAAAAUUGCUCAAGCUCAGUUUAUUUGGUUGGGAAUCAUUGAUGGACAGCAAUUUUCAAACCUUGUCUCUGAUUUUCAAGCAGAUUCAAGUCAGGACUGAAACUGGACCACUCAGGAACACUCAACACCUCUUGGAAAGCCAUUCUGGUGUGUCUUUGGCAUACAUAUUUGUGUAAUUGUCUGGCUGAGAAAUAAAAGUAUAUCCCAGGGUUAGGUAUUCAGAAGAUUGAGGCAGGUUUUUCUCUAACUUUUUACCUGGGCUUUGCUCCUUUCAUAUUUAGUUUGAUCCUGACAAACUACCCAGUCCCUGCCGGUGACAAGCAUGCCCAUAACAUUAUGCUGCCACCCACCACAGUACUUAGAAAUAUUAUACAGAGACUCGACAAUAGAGAGUUCCCAGAGUGAUUCUCCCCCUAAUUAUUUCACCCCUGGACGUCACGCCACUGGAACCAGGGGCAACUCAGGACAGAACACUCUCAGUGAGAAUGUGUCCCCAAGGUGCCACAACAGACUGAUGGACUAGAAGAGCUGCAUCUCAUUGGGCUACUCACACAAGCUAGCUCAAUUAGCUCCCUGGUGUGUUUAGAACGGCACAGCGGCUUCCGGUGCAUUGACACACAUCCAAACUCAAGGAGCAGAUGUGGCUAACUAUGAAUUAAAUUUGUCAAAACUAUCAAAAUGCGUGCACAGAAUUUGAAAGCUACAGUAAUGCUCUGGUGAAUUAUAAAAAUAAAUAAUUGUAAAGUGUGUUUUCACAAAGCAUAAACACUGCGAAGCUGACAUUAGCUAGUUAGCCUUCCCAUAGACUUUAAUUGAUUAUGACAAUUAUGAAGAUGUCGACCAUCAUGAUGAUGAUGAUGAUGAUGAUGAUGAGGAUGAUGACAACAACAAUCAUGAUAAUGAUAAUUAUGUUUUUAUUCUGUGCAGGUAUUAGAUGCGUUGCUAAGCCACCUUCAGGAGACUCUGGAGUUGGCCACAUCGAGAGGAGAAGGGCCAGGACCCGAGAGCAAGGUACGUACCCCAGUCUGUGGUCUGCUGCUCUGGGCCUGUAUCCACAAAAUGUCUCAGAGUAGGAAUGCUGAUCUAGGAUCUGUUCAUAUAAUCUUAUUAAUCAUGAUUUAAAUGGCAAAACUGAUCCUAGAUCAGCACUCCUACUCUGAGCGGCUUUGUGGAUACUUACCCACGUCUAGUAUUCUUUGUGAGUGAGCUAACCCCCUCUGCUGGUUGGUUCUGUGUGGUGCAGCUAUCGUAUAUAAAGAUGGAUACCUCCUGGAUAAUGCUCCUACAGUUUUAUUCAACGUUUGUGUGGCUACCUAUUUUCCAGACUUUUUGUACCCUGAACCUAUAAGUUGCGCGUACACUACUGUUUAUCUCAUAGAAUCUGUUUUUUCACUACUUAUUUUUUUAUAACCUAUGUCCCACUCUCCUCUCAUACUCUCUUCAUCACUCUCUCUAAUGUUUCACUCUGUGUUGUUUCGUUCGUUUUAUCUUUCCUCUCUUCUCUGUCAUCACUCUGGCGAUGUUUCUGUAUCUCAAUCUCUUUUUUGACACUUAUCUCUGUGCCUCCCUCCCUCUCUCCCCCUGCCCCCUCUCUACUCACUCUAUUUCUCCACCCUCUGGCAAUGUCUGUACCUCUCUCACCAUAUUAUUUUUAAACUCUUAUCUACACACGUCCAUCUCUUUCUCUCUCCCUCCUCUUCUCCCUUUGUCUACCUCACCUCCUCGCUGUCUUAUCUCUCUCCUUCCCCUCUCAACCUCACCCCUCUUUUUUAUACUAUCUUUGUGCCUCCGCCUUCCUCCAUUCCCUUCUACAUUUCUCUCUCCCACCUCUCUCCCCUCCCUCCCAAUGGUGGGUCCAGCAGGCGAACGUCCCCGACCUGGUCCCGGCGCUGGCGGCGGCCGAGCAGAAGGCUGCCUUGUCGCUCCGCUGGCGGGUGCAUGAGAGACUGCUGCAACGCUACGCCUGCCUGCCCCGCGUUGUCUCCGCUGACCAGAUCUACUUCCGCUUCCUGCAGAGGAUGUUCGCCAUCGUCACCACCAACGUGAGACUAGUAUACCUAGGGAGAAUCUAAUGGGACAAACUCACAUUGAAUGACCUAAUUGGUUAUAGUUAGGGUUUGGGUUAAGCUCAGGGUUAGAGUUAUGGCUGGCAUGCCAGUCACAUCCUUUACACAUAAUGUAGCUACACACAUACGUUGAUGAACUAGCCUGAGACCUGAGUAACCUUGCCUAAGACUUGUGUUAGCUCCCUGAGGCAAUGCCUAAGCUUCAGCUCAAUGGCCUUACACAUUCUUACAUUGUACAGUGUACAGACGACCCGGGUACUUUCUAUUCUUCCCAACGAAAAACACAAUGUUACAUUGUAAAACGAUGUGUUAAUCUCUGGUAUUAGAUGAGUUGAUGUAGGAUAUCACUUUAUUCAACUAUCCCACAAGGGAUAGAAAAGAUAGAAACUAUAAAAUGGAAAUCCUACAUUGUGUUAACAGCAGGCUGAGGAUACAUCCCAAGUGGCACCCUACUCCCUUCAUAGUGCAUCACUACUUUUGACCAGAGCCUAUGGGCACUGGUCAAAAGUAGUGCACUGUCAAGGGAAUAGGCUGCCAUUUGGUACACACGCUCUGUCUCUGCUCACUAAGUGUGUCCACUCCAUGUUGUUGCCAGAACGUUCUCCCAGUCCAGAGAGAGGCGGCCAGGACGCUGUGUAUGUUCCUACGCUACAACCGCAAGCAGGAGCAGCGGCAAGAGAUCAUCGGCAAAGUGCUGCAAGGUCUGUGUCUGUCUAUCUGUCUGUCUAUACAUCUAUCUAUUUUGUUUGCUGACAGUGUUGACAAAUAUAAACAAUACAAUACAGACAUCUAUAUGGAAAAAGUGUUUUCACAGGUGCCAGUAGUACACAACCUGUGCCAUGAUAGAUUUUCUAAACAAAUGGCUCCCAAUUCCCCAACGGUUUUACCUAGAAUAAAAUAGAAGAUUCCUAAUGUUUCGCGCAAACGUGGCCGUUUUUGUGACUUUUGUAAUGUAAUGUAUAUCCUGCCUCCUCCCCCUUCCCUUCCCCCUCCUUUCCAGAGCUUGCUCAGGGCAGAAGUUACUGGAACAGGCUUCGCUACCUGGACCUGUGUGAGAUUGCCAUGGAGCUCUUCUCCAAGGCCUACUUCUGCAAACACUUCCUCAUCCAGGCCCUGGAGCUGGUCAAUGACCCCGUAGCCAACGUCAGGUACUGGAUUCAGUAAUUCAUAAGUUACUUAAGGGGACAAACAGGUUCAAACAACAAACGUCUGUCCCGACUCUUUUUUUGGUGAACAUCUGAGGGAUGGGGAUGGAGAAAUGUAACCACUCUCAAAUUCAUGGACGUAGUUAUGGAUUCAUGGACGUCAUCCAUUUAACCAUGUUUUGAGGCUAUACAGGAUUUGUUUAUAAGCUUAUAUUUUGGGUUCCGUUGGGGUACGACAGUUGAACUAAGCUCAUGAGGCAUUUAUAAGUUACUGUAUAUUCUUCAAGAGUAAAUGGCUAUAUAUAAUUAUAUAUACAUAUUUAUAAGUCAAACCCAAUCCCAGAUUGCUCCUUUAAUUCCUUAAUUGGAUUUUUAGAGUGCUUUUCCAGAUGCUUUACUUCAUAUGGGGACACCUCACUUCAUCCAUCAUCAAUGGCAUCCAUUUCUAGGCAGCCAUUUCUUGUAAGCUCACCACACGUCCGCUUGUACGUUUGCUCUCGUGGUGGAACGUCUAACGUCGCGGGCUGUUGUAGGCAAUGGAUGAAAGAUGAUCUUAGUACUAUGAAGCUUUAGAGAAAUUCAUCCUCUGAGUAUGCCAUGUAUAUUGACCAGGGGCAUGUUCAGGAAGCACUCCCUUGCAAAACGCUUUGCAACAGACAAUGAAAAUCUGCAUUCUUAUUGGACACACUCAGGUUGUGCCCUCCCCGUUAGAUUUUUUUCUCCUGUUUUGUGCCUAAUGAACAUGACCCAGGUAUAAGCUGUGCCACAUGCUGCCCAGGCUGAGGUCCACCAUCAGGCUGCCUGCAGACAAACACCUCCUGCAACAGCUGGAGUUCUGUGUCCGCAAGCUACUCUGUCGGGAGAAGGACAAGGAUGUGGUUGCCACCGUUCGCAAGGUGAGGGAGGGAAGGGUGGGUGGAUGGAUGGAUGUGAGUAGUGUCUAAUUUUGUGGGGAUCUGUUGCCUAACAUUACUGAGUAUUAUUUCAAUCAAAUGGAAAGUAUUCAGACCCCAUGACUCUUUCCAAAUUUGGUUACGUUACAUCCUUAUUCUAAAAUUGAUUUUAAAAUAUGUUUCCCUAAUCAAUCUACACACAAUUCCCCAUAAUGACAAAGCAAAAACAGGUUUUUACACAUUUUUACAAACGUAUUAAAAAUGAAAAACUGAAAUACCUUAUUUACAUAAGUAUUCAGACCCUUUGCUAUGAGACUCGAAAUUGAGCUCAGUUGCAUCCUGUUUCAAUUGGUCAUCCUUGAGAUGUAUUGACGAGAAAACAACAACAAUUUAAUCCAUUUUAGAAUAAGGCUGUAACAUAACAAAAUAUGGACAAAUUCAAGGGGUCUGAAUACUUUCCGAAUGCACUGUAUAUAAUCUCCUAACAAGAUUGAGGCCAUACAUAUCUUACUUGUGUGUGCGUGCGUGUGUAUUUAGAUUUUUUUCUUUUUUCAGACCGUGCUGGAAUUGGACAAAAUGGACAUCACAGAACCUGUAAGUAACCCCUUACUUUCUUCACUCUUAGAAUACUUAAAGAAUGGUGAUGUAGCAAAUAGCAAUCUUAUAGGCAUGAGUGAAUUGCUUCGCCCCACAGCCAAGAUGCUUAGCUAGGCAGCUAAAGUUGCUUACAGUUAGUUAGCAACCGUUUCUACACUCUUUUGCUAGGUACCAUAACGCUGUCGUUUCAAAAACAUCUCUCCAAAAAUGACGAGGUGUCUCCAGUUGUAUUUACAUUUGUAUUUAUUGUAUUUAUUUUACAUGUAUUUAUAUGGUGGGCAGCAGGUAGCCUAGCAGUUAGACCCUAGCGGUUAGCGCAUUGGGCCAGUAACCGAAAGGUCGCUGGUUCGAAUACCCAAGCCAACAAGGUGAAAAAUCUGUCGACAUGACCUUGAGCAAGGUACUUAAGCCUAAUUUGCUCCAGGCGCGCCGUACUACUAUGGCUGACCCUGUAAAACAACACAUUUCACUGCACCUAUCCGGUGUGUGACUAUAUAUCUAAAAUGGAUUAAAUAAAGAAUGUUCCUCAUCAAUCUACACCCAAUACCCCAUAAUGACAAAGCAAAAACAGGUUUUUAGAAAUGUUUGCAAAUGUAACAAAAACUAAAAACAGAUUUAUUUACAUCAGUAUUCAAACCGUUUGCUAUGAGACUCGAAAUUUAGCUCAGAUGUAUCCUGUUUCCAUUGAUCAUCCUUGAGAUGUUUCUACAACUAGAUUGGAGUCCACCUGUAGUAAAUUCAAUUGAUUUGACAUGAUUUGGAAAGGCACACACCUGUCUAUAUAAGGUCCCACAGUUGACAGUGCGUGUCAGAGCAAAAACCAAGCCAUGAGGUCAAAGGAAUCAUCCAUAGAGCGAGGCACAGAUCUGGGGAAGGGUACCCAAAAAUUUCUGCAGCAUUGAAGGUCCCCAAGGACACAGUGGCCUACAUCAUUCUUAAAUGGAAGAAGUUUGGAACCACCAAGACUCUUCCAAGAGCUGGCCGCCCAGCCAAACUGAGCAAUCAAGGGAGAAGGGCCUUGGUCAGGGAGGUGACCAAGAACCCGAUGGUCACUGACAGAGCUCCAGAGUUCCUCUGUGGAGAUGGGCGAACCUUCCAGAAGGACAACCAUCUCUGAAGCACUCCACCCAUCAGGCCUUUAUGGUAAAGUGGCCAGACGGAAGCCACUCCUCAGUAAAAGGCACAUGACAGCCCGCUUGGGGUUUGCCAAAAGGCACCUAAAGACUCUCAGACCAUGAAAAAUAAGAUUCUCUGGUCUGAUGAAACCAAGAUUGAACUAUUUGGCCUGAAUACAAAGCAUCACGUCUAGAGGAAACCUGGCACCAUCCCUACGGUGAAGCAUGGUGGUGGCAGCAUCAUGCUGUGGGGAUGUUUCUCAGCGGCAGGGACUGGGAGACUAAAGAUGCAGGAUCGAGGAAAAGAUGAACGGAGAAAAGUUUGGGAUGAGUCGGAUGGCAGAGUGAAGGAAAAGCAGCCAACAAGUACUCAUCAAGUACUUCAAGACUGUUGGAAAAGCAUUCGAGGUGAAGUUGGUUGAGAGAAUGCCAAGAGUGUGCAAAGCUGUCAUCAAGGCAAAGGGUGGCUAUUUGAAGAAUCUCAAACACUUUUUUGGUUACUACAUGAUUCCAUAUCUGUUAUUUCAUAGUUAUGAUUACUUCACUGUUUUUCUACAAUGUAGAAAAUAGUAAACAUAAAGAAAAACCCUUGAAUGAGUAGGUGUACUAAAACCUUUGACCGGUAGUGUAUAUAAAUAUAUAUUUACAAAAAAUAUAUAUGGGGGAUUGGAAAUGAUGUAGACAAUUACAUUGAUGGGAGCCACAAUCUAUCUGCAAUAUUAAAGCUGAUCUACCCCCUAAUUAAACAAAAUAAUCUCAACAAACCAUUUCUGUAUGGACCUCGCUUUGUGCACGGGCACAUUGUCAUGCUGAAACAGGAACGGGCCUUCCCCAAACUGUUGCCACAAAAUUGGAAGCACGGAAUCGUCUAGAAUGUCAUUGUAUUCUGUAGCGUUAAUAUUUCCCUUCACUGGAAGGGGCCAGUGAACUUUACAGUUGGCACUAUGCAUUGGGUCAGGUAGCGUUCUCCUGGCAUCUGCCAAACCCAGAUUAGUCCGUCGGACUGCCAGAUGGUGAAGUGUGAUUCAUCACUCCAGAGAACGUGUUUCCACUGCACCAGAGUUCAAUGGUGCCGAGCUUUACACCACUCCAGCCGACGCUUGGUAUUGCGCAUGGUGAUCUUAGACUUAUGUGCGGCUGCUUGGCCAUGGAAACCCAUUUCAUGGAGCUCCCGACUAACAGUUAUUGUGCUGACGUUGCUUCCAGAGGCAGUUUGGAACUCGGUAGUGAAUGUUGCAACCGACGACAGACAAUUUUUACGCGCUUCAGCACUCGCCUCUGGAAGCAACGCUUCAGCACUGUGAGUGUGCAAAGCUGUCAUCAAGGCAAAAGGUGGCUAUUUGAAGAAUCUCAAAUAUAAAAUAUAUUUUGAUUUGUUUAACACUUUUUUGGUUAUUACAUGAUUCCAUAUGUGUUGUUUCAUAGUUGUGAUGUCUUCACUAUUAUUCUACAAUGUAGAAAAUAGUACAAUUUUUUUUUUUUUUUAAGACGAAUGAGUAGGUGUGUCCAAACUUUUGACUGGUAUUGUGUGUGUGUGUAUAUGUAUAUAUAACAUUUAAUCAUGCAUAUUCACUUUCUAUAAACAUACAACUUUAUUAUCCCUAAUGGUUGCCUUCUAUUGUUACAUGAUUGAAUUGCUAGCACAGGUCUGAUUGAAUACAGUCUAAUAUGUACUUUUCCAUUUUAGUACCAUAAGAGACACGAGAGAGAUCUACUAGACCAGAAGAAAGAGAAGGAAGAGACACUACUACUGGAGAUGGUGAGCGAUUUGUAUAAAAAUAAAAAUAACUCCCACACAAACGAUUUUGCCAAUCGUGUGGCGGGAGUUAUUUUUAUACAGUGUAGAUUUUGGGGCAGUAACUCGUAGCACCACACACAAGAUAAGCUUCUUCUAAAGAUGGUGAGGGAUUUGACACCAUCCUGUCAAUACCGUGCACUAUGUCAUUAAACACCGCCUUGUUCUUGUUAUUUGUAGCACCAAUAUUUUAUAAGCUCCCUUAAUGCGUACAGCACUGUCAGUUUAUUAUUAGUGGGAAAUAGAACAAGCAAACAUGCGUCUUUGUUCAAAACAAUAUAGUUUUCUUUUCUUUUUCAUACUCGUGCAUAUAUUUGCAUGAAUGAACCUUUUCAAAGAGUCUAUUUUCAGUUCUUUCUUCAGAAAGCUUUUUUGACUCUCUUUAUCUAUAAAGAGAUGGCUUGAUGUUAUGUUAUUCAAUUCCUCUAGCACCAUGCUCUAGUCCAGUGGUAUUCAAACUUUUUCAGCGGGGACCCUAUUUUUUCAGCUAGAAUUUCUGCGAACCCUAUUAUUUUUGGCAAGAAUUUCUCACAACCCCACCCUAAAUCUUAUGACACAACCUUAAAAUCAGUAAAUCAACAAAUAACCUUCAAUUAUUACAUUUUAAAAAUAAAAGCAAACCAAUAAAUACGCUUAUUCAAUACAAUUUUAUUUUUCAAAUAUGUUUGUAUAUUGUCCCAUACAGUAUUGUGUACUCUUAUUUUUUGGUUCCCCCAAAAAUACAAUACUUUGAAAAAAACUGCUUUAGUGUAUAGCCUAUUCCUUUGUCUUCUGAGGCACUAUAGCAUUUGGUAUUUUCUUUAGCUUCAAGUCAAUGAAAGAAUACUCAACUUUAUUAUGACUUCAAAAGUCCAUAGUGUGUGUGUGUGUCCCAUGGGUAUUUAUUCCUGAUUGUUGUGAUACUUUAUUUUGUCACAAUUCUUAGUUGUAAAUAUAGCAGCAAGGAAGGGGUAUUUUGAAGGGGAUAGAUGGGCUUGGUUGUACAAGGCACAAUACGUUUGGAAAGAAGAAACAUUACAAACGUCAACAUAUAAAACAAUAUUUACCUAUAACCUAAGGUUAUUAGUAAUCUAUAAUCUUAUUAGCAUUGUGUUUGCUAGUAAAGAGUGGUGCAGUAGCUAGCUAGUUAACUAUAAAUAAAUAUAAUAUUAAUACAGUAUAAUAAAUAUUUGGCCCCACCAUUAGCCAAGUUAGUUCAAUAACUAACUAAAGCUAUUUACAGUUAGUUAGCAACUGCGUCAACACUAUUUUGCUAGCUACCAUAACGCUGUUGUCAAAACAUGCCCUCAAAGAUGACGAGUAUGUCACAGUUGUGUUUACAUUUUACAGAUUGUAAUAACUGCCGUUGUUUCUUUUUUUAACCCUUCGAGUCGCUUCUCUCGUCCACCACAGGAACAGCUAGAGCGACAACAGAGCGAAGCCAAGCUCACCAGUGAAAAACACACUGAAAAGAAACGUACGUUCCCACACACAUCACACAUCUGCUUUGAGAUUUUUACUAAUAUAUUAUAGAUAAUACACAGAUCUCAAAUGCAUUGAGACAAAUGGUACCCUGUGACAUGUUGUGUGGGUGGCUGUGUUGGCAGGGAGGGACAGUAAGACAGGUUUGUCAGGGACCAAGGGCCUGUCUGGAUCCACGUCCGGGGCCACUUUGUCCACCUCCUCCGGUAAGACUGGGAAUCAAUCAAUAUCUAAAUUUUUCCAAUUGGGAAAUUUGUCAACGUGUGAGAGAGAAACACUGGCAACACCGUUAUACUAAUAAUCAUUCAUCAACUAUUUAUGAACAACUAAUACAUUUGUAUUUUAUUAUUUGUAAAACACACAUUUUUGAAUAUUUCAUUUAUUAUAAUGUGUUACCAAAACACUUCCUUGACCAUGGAUAGAAAUGUAUAUGCCAUUCUAGCGUAACUGUAAGGGGUUUCGAUAACUCUGUUCCAACAGCACACAGCAACAGUAGCAGAUUGUUGCACAAAGAGUGCAAAGAGCUUUCAACUCACAAUGAAUCAAGACAAAAAACAUAUGACCCAAAAAGAUAUCCUGUUCAACUUGGUCGAGAUAGUGUUUGAUGAUGGUGAUGAUGAAUCUACAGGUAAAGAGUUGAGGAAGGCCAAACUGGCACGGAGUCGGUCGCUUAGCAGCCAUCCUACUACACCCAAGAUGGCUAAUCCGGACAAAACUCUGUAAGUAGUAACCUGCCCAACCAUACCCCUAACCCAAAACAUCACUAUAUCAUUUUGCUGAAAUAUAUUUUGAUAUAAUAUAUUUAAUCAAACAUAAAUGUAUGGAUAUAUAUUUUUUAGAAAUACUCUUUAUAGGAACAGCUAUGCUUUUCAAUUGUUACUUUAAGAAAAUAAAUCUUGCACACACACACACGUUCCAGUAACAUUUUAUAUUGGUGGGACCACGUAUACGUUUUAGCCACUUGUUAUUGCAAACCUAGUCUUGACACGUUCUUCCAUCUUGGUUUUCCUCCCCAGAAAGGUCAAGGAUUCAGGAAGCUGUCCUGGAAAAGGGAAGAACUCUAUGCUUCCUAUGAAUGGUAAUCAAGUAAUCCUAUUAUAGUGCAGCUAUCAUCCUAUUUUAGUGCAACUCAUCCUAUUUUAGUGUAGCUCCCCAGCUAGCACAUUUGGUUUCAGAUUGGUUCCGGGAACGAAGCACUCAAUUUCCUGACUGGUAAAACAAAAAACAGAAAAGUACAUUCUGAGAACAAAAGCAAACAUUCCAGACUGUUCUGGGACAUUUGUUUUUAGGUUGCAUGGAGGUUCUGAGAACGUUUUACUCUAGUUACUUUAAAGUUUUUCCAGGGAGGUUUUAUUGAUACUCUGAGAACGGAAAUUAUAGGUUAUUUGAAAUAACAUUCUGAGAACAUUCUCUACAUGUUGUAAAGAUAAUGGUUAUUACUGAACAUUUUCUUAAAACUAAGAACAAAAUGUAAAGGUUAUUUAGAAGUUAUAAGACUUUUAUUUUGGGUUAACAUUUUUUUUAACUCCAAGCACACACAAAUUAAUUUGCUUAGGCAUUAAUCAUAUGAACACAUACAUUUUUUUAUUCUGACACGGCAUCAGUGAGAUUCGAGCCUAUGAUCUUAUCUUCUCUAUCCAUGGAAUUAGUCCACUGCGCCACCAGGUUGGCGCCAGCGUGCCAUGUUUUUUUACGCAUACAAAGCUGUUCAUUUUUGUCUAUUCACUCAUUAAGAUCAGGUGUGGCCAAUUAGUGGGUGCGGCCAACACACCUGAACACACUCUUAACAAGAUAUACUGUAGGAUAUACUGUAGGAUAGAGUUUUGUUGAGGCUGAGAAAAGGAAUGUUUUUGUUUUUAAAUAACAUUCUUAGAACAUUCUCUGAAAGUUACUAAAGUUUUCUUGUGAAAAUGAAUAAUGCCCUUUUAAUAAUAAUAAUAAUAAUAAUAUGCCAUUUAGCAGACGCUUUUAUCCAAAGAGCUGUUUGAAAUACUGUUUUGGUGGGAUGGAGUUUUGGCCUGCCUGGUGACAUCACCAGGAAGAAAGAAUUCCAAACCUCUGCCAAUAAAAAUUCAUUUUUUUUGGUUUUCCCCUCCCAUCUCAGACCACUCUCAGACAGUCCUAACAAAAUUAUUGCUUGAGAAAUUGCUCUUUGCUAAGAAGCUACUUUUGUUUCUUUUUGACCAUUUUAAUUGAAAACAAUCACAGUAAGGUUACCCAAAAAUGAUUUGAUAUUGAGAUAUUGGACCUUUAAAGUUUGAUGUUAAUGUGUAGAAUUUCAUUUUUUUAUAACAUUCACCGAAUAUUGGCAAGAACUGACAUAAAAUAUACAUUCUCUGAACGUUCUGAGAACAUCGCUUAAGUCACACAAUUUAUUUGAAUGUUCCCAGAAUAUGAGGUUAAACAUGGGAACUUUUAGUGGAAUGUUCUGUGGUAGUACUGAAAUUCCCACAGAAGAACGUUGUUUCUUAAAGUUCUCUGAACAAUUUGAGAACAUUACUUAAAAUAGAACCAUGAAGAAACCAGUAGGAAACGUUAUGCUGAAGUACUGACAUUUCCACAGAAACAUUCCCUCAGAAGAACAUUGUUUUUUAAAAGUUCUCUGAACUUUUUGAGAACAUUCCCAAUGUCAAACCAUUUGGAGAACGUUCCUAGAAUAUUACAAAAAAUGUAAUUAAAUUUACAUUUACAUUUUAGUCAUUUAGCAGACGCUCUUAUCCAACUGAGCUACAUCCCUGCUGGCCAUUCCCUCCCCUGUAACCAUGUGUGAACGUGUGUGAAUGUAACCAUGUGUGAACCUUUAGGAAACGUUCUGUUAAAGUAAUGAAACAUCCCCCAAAAAUAUUUUGGGGACAUGUUUCAAAACCAAGCAACUAUCCUGCAACAUUCCCAAAAGGUUGUGGGAAGGUUGUAUGCAAACUAACCAUAGAACAACUAUGCUCUUACCAAGCUCUAAGAAACAUAUGGUUCUAAGAACGUUUUGUGGUAGCUGGGUCAUCCUUUUAAGUGCAACUCAUUCUAUUUUAGUGCAACUCAUCAGAUUUUAGUGCCAAUGAACACAACUUGAUAACCAUUUGCAAACCUCAAGCGGUAUGCUGUCCACAUUCCAGCCCAUCACAUUAUAAGCAUGAGGAGAAAUAUACAGAUCUCAAUACCAAAUUAAGGGAAAAGAUCAGCCCUAUCUAAUUUUUGGAGUGAACUACCCCUACAUACAUACAUACAUAUAUACAUACACACACAGGUGACCUUCCAAACCCCUGAGUUGGAGACCCCUGGAGCAUUUGCUCGCUUCCUGUCAAUUAAAUUAGCAUAAAUAAAUACAUAUUUUAGAUCAAACUUUCCACUCUGUCACUUCCUAAGGUCACCUCAACACUUCGUCUGUCACAUCAUCCAUCACCUCAUCACUUCCUGUGUGUUUUGCAGCGGACGAGGCACUGCGGUCGCACCACUUCAGCGUGGCGGCAGCGUCGUCAGUGCUGUCCCAGACCCCCUCGGCUUCCUCCAUGCCUGUCCUGAUCCGCAGCAACACCACAAACACCCUGGUGGACCACCCGCACCAACACCAGCACCGCAGCAGCACCCUGGACCACCGCACCACCAACGGGGGCAAGGACACCCAGUCCAGAAAACUCUCCAUGUGGGUCCUCUCUCAGCACUCACCGUCCUCCGUCCAAUUCCAA